AUGGAGGGGUACAGUUGCAGCAGUAACAGGCUGUACUCAGGGCCUCUGUCUGCGUCUGGACAGAAGAUCCUAGCAGCUCUCCGAGCCCAGAGCCACAACCACUACUCUGAUACAGCGAGGGCCCAAAGCUACAGACAACGUGAGUCAGCAAGGACUGAAUAGUGCAGUGCGAUAUUUAGAAGGAUGCAGACAGAAAUGUAAUCUACAUAUUCUAUAGACCUGACACCACUCUUUAUUCUAAACAAUAUCGUAAGCAGUGAUGUAGAUGAUAAAUGCUGAUCGCCGUUCAUGAGUAAAGGAACGCUCAAUUUACUUUCAAUGCAUUUUUCCCGCAAAUGGUGGGUAAACGGCAUUUACGUAUGUUACCCUCCACUACACUGAUCGUAAUGGUUCUAAAGUACUAUGUGUUGACAAAGGCACAAAUUCACAGAUCUGUGUGUAUAUCUGGUGGUGUUGGGAAAGACAGACACAUUUCAGUUCUAACCAAUGGACAAAGUAUCCUAUUCUCUAUUCUAUUGUGCUUACUUUAAAAAAAGCCUAUCUAUUCAAAUGUUAGAUGAGAGGUAUGACGGCAGACAGAGAGGGUCACCAGUCAGAGGCCAGCUGGAGCAGAGGAACACAGGAGGAGAGGAGAGGGAGAGAGACAGACCGGUGAGGAGAUGACACCGUAGUAGGGGAAUAGAAAUAGUAAUUGGGUUGGCCGUACAGGCAGUGUUAAACGAGUUGUCAUUAGCAUCCAAACAUGGUACAGAAUGAAGUGGCAUAGAAUGGGUUAUUUGGUUAGGGAAAGGCGGAUAAAAGAGGUGUCAUUAGCAACCUGAAAUGCAGUAAGAUGGUACCCUCUUCAGGGAGAAUAAACAGAUGGGUCGAGUCCUUACUAUAUGAAUGUGGUGCAUGUGGUGAAAUUCAAUUAACUAUUGUUCCGUUGAGGAAACAUCUGGUGUGGUAUUUCUUGUGCAUGCAACAGGCACAGAACAUAUAGGCCGGUUUCCCAGACACAGAUUACGCCUAUAGUCCUAGACCAGGGGUGAGUAACUGGCGGGGCCCCUCUUUUGAAGGUCCUUGGAGUUCAGUCGGGGUCUCAACUUAAUGUUGCGAUUUUGGUUGUGCAUCAGCAGUUUUUCUCUUACGUCAGUCACUGAUAGUCACUCAAUUAGUCCAUGUCAGCUAAACAUUUUUAGAUCGCUAAAUUAGUUUAGCAGCCAGCUAUCUAAACUUGUUAUCAUGGUCGAAUUACCGGCCGGGGGGGGCCCCCAUUGAUUUUGUUAGUCUCACUCAGAUGUCAUAUUAAAAACUAAACAUUCUCUCCACCCUAUGGCAAAAUGUGUAGAAUUGCAGGAAAUUAGCUGUAAAACAGCUUAUUUCCCUCUGCCCCAUGGCAAAAUGUGUGGAAUUGCACAAACUUGCUUUAAAACCGGUGUUGUUUUCGAGACCACCUAAAGCGAGACGAUUCAAGACCAAGACCAGAGCAAAUCGAGCCUGAGUCAAGACCAGAGGGCGGGGCGAGACCGGGAGGGGGACGAGGAGUCCGAGACCGAGUCAGGACCGAGACCAUAAAAAUGCGAGUUUAAGAUGACGAUUGUGAUUUUGUCAAAUCGCCACUAUAAUAAGAGUUCAAAAUGUCCAGUAUUUCUGUGUUCAUAUUUCAGAAGAACAUAUGGAUUCUCUAGACAUUCAGAAUAGUGAAAAAAUGCAUGCUGAGGGCAAAUAAAGCCACUCUACAAAUGAUUACUAACCCAAACACAGUGGGGAACAAUGAGGGCCUUUAUAAAAUAAUAAUAAUAAUUAUUACUUUCAAUGAUAUUCUGAUUUAAUCUUUUCAGUUUUUGUUGGAAAGGAAAGGGUUAACACUGAAGAGAAAACAAGGUCCAAAUAGGGAGAUACAUCUAUUUGUCACAUGCACCGAAUACAACAGGUGUAGACCUUACAGUGAAAUGCUUACUUACAAGCCCUUAACCAACAAUGCAGUUUAAAAAAAAUAAUACCUAAAAAAAAAAAGAGAAAUAAAAGCAACAAAUAAUUAAAGAGCAGCAGUAAAAUAACAAUAGCGAGGCUGUAUACAGGGUGUACCGGUUCCCGAGUCAAAGUGCGGGGGCACCGGUUAGUUGAGGUAAUUGAGGUAAUAUGUACAUGUAGGUAGAGUUAUUAAAUAGAUAAAGCUAGCUAACUAAGUCAGGCGUUGGCUAGGCCAUAAGAAGCUAGAUAGAAGGCUUUGCCAUUCAACUGUAUUAGGGCAACAUUUUGGAGAGACAGUGGAAUCAACCAAUCACUUUCUGACUUGGGUGGGACCGUUUUUACAAAAAUGUAUGGAAAACAACAGGUCACUGCAAUAGCAAGCAGUAGUUUUCCCAAGGUCUAGCUAGCUAGCUUUUAUUGUAGGUUAGUUUGCAGGGGCUGCAGCAGGUGUUAUCGAAGAGGAUGUUUUUGCUAAUUUGUUAGCUUCUCCCUUUUCAAGAAUAACUUUCAACAAGAAGCUAAGUUUCAAAUUAUCUUCAUCUGGUGAGUGGAACUGUGGUGUUAAUUGCAGCUCGCUUGCUGUUGUUAGCCAUUUUUUGGAAAAUACCUGUGUGUGAAACAUUGUUGCAUUUAAACUUUAGAUCAUAAUUUACUUUGUGUGCUAAACGUGAAAUGUGUUUUGCAAUGGGAAGAAGUAGUUGUACAUUUCGAUUGGGAAAUACACUACAUGACCAAAAGUAUGUGGACACCUGCUCGGCCAACAUCUCAUUCCAAAAUCAUGGGCAUUAAUAUGGAGUUGGUCCCCCCCAUUGCUGCUAUAACAGCCUCCACUCUUCUGGGAAGGCUUUCCACUAGAUGUUGGAACAUUGCUGCGGGGACUCGCUUCUAUUCAGCCACGAGCAUUAGUGAGGUCGGGCACGGAUGUUGGGCGAUUCGGCCUGUCUCGUAGUCGGCGUUCCAAUUCAUCCUAAAGGCGUUCGAUGGGGUUGAGGCCAGUCAAGUUCUUCCACACCGAUCUCGACAUUGUCAUGCUGAAACAGGAAAGGGCCUUCCCCAAACUGUUGCCACAAAGUUGGAAGCACAUAAUCGUCUAGAAUGUCAUUGUAAGCUGUAGCAUUAAGAUUGACCUUCACUAGAACUAAGGGGCCUAGCCCGAACCAUAAAAAACAGCCCCAGACCAUUAAUCCUCCUCCACUAAACUUUACAGUUGGCACUAUGCAUUGGGGCAGGUAGCGUUCUCCUGGCAUCCGCCAAACCCAGAUUUGUACGUUGGACUGCCAGAAGGUGAAGCGUGAUUCAUCUCUCUAGAGAACGCGUUUCCACUGCUCCAGAGUCAAAUGGCGGCGAGUUUUACACCACUCCAGCCGACGCUUGGCAUUGCGCAUGGUGCGGCUGCUCGGCCAUGGAGACCCAUUUCAUGAAGCUCCCGACGAACAGUUAUUGUGCUGACGUUGCUUCCAGAGGCAGUUUGGAACUCGGUAGUGACUGUUGCAACCGAGGACAGGCGUUUUUUACACGCUACGCGCUUCAGCACUUGGCAGUCCCGUUCUGUGAGCUUGUGUGGUCUACCACUUCGCGGCUGAGCCGUUGUUGCUCCUAGACUUUUCCACUUCACAAUAACAGCACUCACAGUUGACCGGGGCAGCUCUAGCAGGGCAGAAAUUUGACAAACUGACUUGUUGGAAAGGUGAUGUCCUAUGCCGGUGCCACGUUGAAUGUCAAUGUUUGUCUAUGGAGAUUGCAUGGCUGUGUGCUUGAUUUUAUACACCUGUCAGCAAGGGGUGUGGCUUAAAUAGCCAAAUCCACUAAUUUGAGGGGUGUCCACAUACUUUUGUAUAUAUAGUGUACCUACCCUAAUGGUUGUGUUUUUGUAUUCUUAUGUGGUCCUCUGUAGCUCAGCUGGUAGAGCACGGCGCUUGUAACGCCAGGGUAGUGGGUUCGAUCCCCGGGACCACCCAAUACACAAAAAUGUAUGCACGCAUGACUGUAUGUCGCUUUGGAUAAAAGCGUCUGCUAAAUGGUAUAUUAUAUUAUUAUUAUAAUAAUAUGCCAUUUAGCAGACGCUUUUAUCCAAAGCGACUUACAGUCAUGCGUGCAUACAUUUUUUGUGUAUAGGUGGUCCCGGGGAUCGAACCCACUACUUUGGCGUUACAAGCGCCGUGCUUUACCAACUGAGCUACAGAGGACCAGCUGAUGAUUGGGAACUACUGUCUUAUUAUGUUUUGUAUUUUGUAUUUUUUAAGGAUCCUCAUUAGCUGCUGCCAAAGCAGAAGCUACUCUUCCUGGGGUCCAGCAACAUUAAGGCAGUUAUAUACAAUUAAAAAUAUUACAUGACAUUUCAUAACACUUUACCCAAUACAUUUAGUGUGUUCCCUCAGGCCACUACUCCGAGUGAAUGGACUGCUUAUCCUUUAGUAUCAUGCUGUGUGUGACUGCUGUCUUUCCAUCGGCCCUAUGUAGUGGUGUAGUGGUGCCUGGAGAAGUGUUUAAAGCCUACUCAAAUUUUGCCAAAAGAUUUCCCAAACAGCCCGCCGGUGAAGGAAAGGCGCCCUGUGUGAAAGAUCUGGCUCCCAAGUGGGUGGGCCCUCCCGGGUGGGCCCUCCCAGGCAUAGUUACACGUGGUCUGCGGUUGUGAGGCCGGUUGGACGUACAGCCAAAUUCUUUAAAAUGACGUUGGAGGCGGCUUAUGGUAGAGAAAUGAACAUGCAAUUCUCUGGCAACAGCUCGGGUAGACAUUCCUGCAGUCAGCAUGCCAAAUGCACGCUCCCUCAAAACUUGAGACAUCUGUGGCAUUGUGUUGUGUGACAAAACUGCACAUUUUAGUGGCCUUUUAUUGUCCCCAGCACAAGGUGCACCUGUGUAAUGAUCAUGCUGUUUAAUAAACUUCUUGAUAUGCCACACCUGUCAGGUGGAUGAAUUAUCUUGGCAAAUGAGAAAUGCUCACUAACAGGGAUGUAAACAAAUUUGUGCUCAAAAUUUGAGAGAAGUAAGCUUUUUGUGCGUAUGGAACAUUUCUAGGAUCUUUUAUUUCAGCUCUUGAAACAUGGGACCAACACUUUACAUGUUGCGUUUAUAUUUUUGUUCAGUAUAGGACAAACAACAAAAAUUUGAUGUUCUAAGUCCACCACAAUGCUUAAACCACAUCACAAUUUUUGAGGGUGUAGUUGCCCUUUAAUUCAAUUGAGCAAAACAAAUGCCCUCCCCAUUGAUAAAAAUGAGCAUGAUAUCAUUGUCAGGUAGGCCUACUUUGCAGUCAAUAUUUGUGGGGAAAGCCUUUAGAAAUGUUCAUGUAAACAGAAUUGCGCAUUGCAAAUAGCCUACUAACCCAGACUUCGGACCAAACUUUUUCAACCCCUGGUUUGCAUGCUCAGUGUUGCCAUAGUUAGCAUUUACUGGUCCAAAUCAAAAUGUAGGAAUAAAUAAUACUAUCCUUCUCUGUGCUGUGUGCCAGGCCUUGGUCCAGACCCCAGUCCUACUUCCAGUCUUCCUCCUCAUGGGACCCUUCAUCCCAGAGGGACUACUCUCAGACCCCAGCCCUGUCCCAGGACUCUGCCCCCUCUUCUACCCCCAGAGAGAGGUACUCUCUGGCCCUCCACACCCCCUCACUGGAGAGUGAGAGUAUCGGAGCACCUUUCUAAUACAUAACAGCAACUAGCCUCUAGUACUCCUAGAUUAUUAGCUUAUUUAUCCUAGCUUAUUUCUGCUCAGAGUGACAGAUGCAUCAGGCUUGUGUUCAGUAGGGGAAAACAUUUUGUUUUAAUGAAUCGGAGAGGUACUACCUGAACUUGUCCAAUAAGAACACAGAUGUUCAUUUUCUCUGUUGACUGAUAGCUUUUGGUCUUCUCCCACAGCUCUCCUGAAGAGACAGAGCCCACCUUCUCACUCCACUUCCACUUGGAGAACCAGGGCCCUUCCAGACCACCCUUGCCCAGAACAGAGCACCCUAGGCCCCAUAGAGAGAAGCGAGCUGGGGCCUGUGGACCACCAUUCUCCAGAGCUAACGUUAGCAUAGCACCAAAGAACCACAUAGAAUGCCUAGAAACUCAAAGUGAAGGCUGGCACUUAGGCAGUGGAGAUGGGGAAUGGCAAUGCCCUGAACGUAGCCAAGAAGACACCUCCAUAGCCCCAGAGGACCAAAGGGAGAGGCUGGCUAAAGCCAAGUCCAUAGAAGUGGCCUUAGCUGGUGGAGGAGAUGCUGACCGUCAGGCCCAGGUGCCUGUUGCUAAAUGGCAGUUUGGGAGUCUGCUACUGCCUCCACCUCAGAGAGCUUACAAGACCAAAGAGAAGGCAGACUGUGACAAAAAGAGACUAGAAAGAGGGCUGUUACUUCCUACAUCAGAGAGCGAGGACUUCACAAUGGAGGACAUGGACAGUGGCCCGACCUUUGAACUAAGAAUGGAUGAUGAAAUUGGAGCAAGUUGUGCAUUGGAGAAGGAUGGCUUUGGAGCAAGUCACACAGUGGAGAGGGAUGGCUUUGGAGCAAGUCAUGGUUUGGAGACCGAUGGCUUUGGAGCAAGUCAUGGUUUGGAGACCGAUGGCUAUGGAGCAAGUCAUGGUUUGGAGACCGAUGGCUUUGGAGCAAGUCACACAGUAGAAAGAGAUGGUGUUGGAGCAAGUUACACAGUAGAAAGAGAUGGCGUUGGAGCAAGUUACACAGUAGAAAGAGAUGGCGUUGGAGCAAGUUACACAGUAGAAAGAGAUGGCGUUGGAGCAAGUUACACAGUAGAAAGAGAUGGCUUUGGAGCAAGUCACACAGUAGAAAGAGAUGGCGUUGGAGCAAGUCACACAGUAGAAAGAGAUGGUGUUGGAGCAAGUUACACAGUAGAAAGAGAUGGCGUUGGAGCAAGUCACACAGUAGAAAGAGAUGGUGUUGGAGCAAGUCACACAGUAGAAAGAGAUGGCGUUGGAGCAAGUUACACAGUAGAAAGAGAUGGUGUUGGAGCAAGUUACACAGUAGAAAGAGAUGGCGUUGGAGCAAGUUACACAGUAGAAAGAGAUGGCUUUGGAGCAAGUCACACAGUAGAAAGAGAUGGCGUUGGAGCAAGUCACACAGUAGAAAGAGAUGGUGUUGGAGCAAGUUACACAGUAGAAAGAGAUGGCGUUGGAGCAAGUCACACAGUAGAAAGAGAUGGCGUUGGAGCAAGUCACACAGUAGAAGCAAGUUACACAGUAGAAAGAGAUGGCAUUGGAGCAAGUCACACGGUAGAAAGAGAUGGCGUUGGAGCAAGUCACACAGUAGAAAGAGAUGGCGUUGGAGCAAGUCACACGGUAGAAAGAGAUGGCUUUGGAAGUCAUUCACUGAAGAGAGAUGGCUUUGGAGCAAGUCAUGCUUUACAGAGGGAUGGCUUUGGAGAAAAACUGUUCUUCAAUGAGGGCGACGUCACUGAGGACCUCAGCCACAGGGACUGCACAGAAAGCCAAUGUGCAGUUGGGUUAGUUGACCAGCAGGGGGCGCUGCAUGGAGACACAGCCCAGUCAGAACGGGAGAUGGUGACAGAAGGAGGACCAAGGGACAACCUCAGCGAGAGAGACCCCAUCAAGAGGAAACGGCUCUUCAGUGAUAUGACUACUGACAACCAGAGAGGGAUGGGGUGUGGAGAGAUGGAGGAAAGAGCGGAGAGGGAGAGAAAGGAUGACAUCAAGGAAGGAGGGAUGAAGAAAAAUAUUGAGAGGAAGAACAGCAGGAGUAGUACCAAACCCCACCAGCAGAGGAAGGUGUCACCCUCACUGAGGCAGAUGAGGGAUGGAGAGGGCCAGGGGGUGACCCAGAUGAGGGAUAGUCACCCAGAGGAGAGGAGGAACAUGGAUGGGCCAUUGGUGAUAGCUGCACAGAGGAACAGUGGAGGAAACACAGGUUAGUUCAGGACGGGACCCACACACACACACACACACACACACACACACACAGGUUAGUUUAGGACACAGAUAGAUAGGUUGCCUUUUAGUACACUAUAUGAGAGAUGGAUGUUGGGGAUGUUAUAUGCUGGACAAAUUGGCACUUUAGUAAUAAGCCACUAGAUGGCGAUACAGCACUUCAUUCAGUAUUUACCCAAUGAAGUUGUCCAUAGAUGCUUAUUUAAGGUCAGUUUUGCAUUUUCCCUCUAAGCUGAUCCUGGAUCUGUUGCCAUGGGCAGCGCUGCUAUGUCCAGCAAUCUAUAGGGCCCUGAGUUUUCCCCUGACCACAAGGCCUGACUAGGGAAAACUCAGAGCCCUAGUCAGCUCAUAUAUCACAGUGCUGAUGAAAUAAAAAGUGUGAAUCCGUUUACAGCGAUUAUAAUGGACUUGUCUGAACACGCUGACAGAAUCUGGACUGCUCGUGUUUCAGUACGCAGGAAGGAAGUGUUUGUGUGUGUGUAAAAAACGGAGUCAAGAACAGCGUAGUGUAGUGACAGAAUAUCAGACCUGAGCUAUGCUUCAGUGAGUUUAGCUGACCUCACUCAAUAUGCAGACGCAGGGUCUCAAAUUCAAACGCAAUCACAAACACAUUCACUCAUUCAGACACAAACAGAGACAAUUUUAAGCAGAGAGAAAGCAUAUAGAUUUUUUCUUCUUCCAGAACCCUUAGCUGCAGGACAUUCCAUUCCGAAGCCAUCUCAGGAGAGUGGGAGAGUAUUCAGAGCCCCCCCUCUCCGGGGGACCCAUCUGGGACAGACCCCCCUGGCUACUAAUCAUCACAACAACACUCAGGUAUGUUACCGCUUCAGCCAGAGGACCAUACUGCUUCUGUGCACAUAGUAGAAUGGUAAAUGUCCGUAAUUCAAACAACAACAAAAUGGCCUCCCAAACGUCAUUUGUUUUGGUAAACAGCGAGGGAUGGGCCUGGAGAAAUGUAAGCUUGUAAUAGUUGGUAUUUAGAUACCGUGCAGAAAACCACUGAAACCUUUUACCCCUGUCCCUCUACCAGAAACCCCUUUAGCUGCAUCCUAAAUUUGACAUUUUAGUCAUUUAGUUGACAUUCUUAUCCAGAGCGACUUAUAGUUAGUGCAUUCAUAUUAAAGGAAUACUUCGGGAUUUUGGCAAUAAGGCCCUUUAUCUACUUCCUCAGAGUCAGAUGAACUCGUGGAUACCAUUUUUAUGUCUCUGUGUCCAGUAUGAAGGAAGUUAGCGCAAUGACUGGAAGUCUAUGGGUAUCUGUUAGCACUAACGCUAGUUAGCAUAGGCUUGUGAAACUACCUCUAACUUCCUUCACUGCCAAAAUCCUGAAGGAUCCCUUUAAGAUAGCUAGGUGGGACAACCAGAUAUCUCAGUCAUAGUAAGCACAUUUUUCCUCAAUAAAGUAGCAAUUAGCAAAGUCAGUGCUAGUAAGGGGGGGAAAAGUAAAGUGCAAGUGUUAGUUCAAUCAAGUAUAGGCUUAACUGAAUGAACAACAGAGACCAAAUGCAAUAUGGAAUUUUCUUAACUAGUUUGGGGUAUGGCCUCGUCUCCGAGGGAUGCUGAUGACAUGUAACCCUAUGCUUUUAUUUAUUUUUUACGGGGAGGGGAGGUGCUGUGGGAUUGUUUAAGAUACUCUUUGAAGGGGUACGGUUUCAGAUGUUUUCAGAGGAUGGGCAGGGACUCUGCUGUCCUGCCUUCAGGGGGAAGCUGCUUCCACCAUAGAGGUGCCAGGACAGAGAAGAGCUUGGACUGGGCUGAGCGGGAGCUGCCCUCCCGUAGGGGUCAGAGGGCUAAGAGACCAGAGGUGGCAGAACGGAGUACUCGGGUUGGGUUGUGGGGUUUGAGCAUCGACUGAAGGUAGGGAGUAGCAGUUCCUCUUGCUGCUCCUUAGAUAAGUACCAUGGUCUUGUAGUUGAUGCGAGCUUAGACUGGAAGCCAGUGGAGUGUGCGGAGGAGCGGGGUGACAUGGGAGAACUUGGGAAGGUUGAACUUGGGAACUACUUUUGACCAUAGCUCUAUGGGUCUUGGUCAAAAGUAGUGCACUAUAUAGGGAAUAGGGCGCCAUAUUGGACGCACUCUGGAGGGUGAGGGGAAUAAAAUAGAGAGAAUUCCCCCAAUGCUCAUUCCCCUUCAUUUCCAUGGAAAUGGAAGACUUCAGCAGUAUUGCACCACACCACACCACCGGACAGAGAAGUGAUGACUCCCUGUUGGGUACUAAAGUAAAAGGCCUGGCGAUAGGGCCUUCUAGUCUAUUCUCUGUGUGUGUGUGUGUGUGUGUCAGCGUGUGUGUGUGUCAGCGUUUGUGUGUGUCAGCGUGUCAGCAAGUAAGCGUUUCUGUUUACAAGGAAAUGAGCAGAGCUCUCCCCAGAGAGCUGAAUCAGUUGAUGUUCUCUUGGUAGAACAGACCACACACUAUUUACCUCUACAGUCCUGUAUUCCCUAGAGCACUAUUUACCUCUACAGUCCUGUAUUCCCUAGAGCACUAUUUACCUCUACAGUCCUGUAUUCCCUAGAGCACUAUUUACCUCUACAGUCGUCCUGUAUUCCCUAGAGCACUAUUUACCUCUACAGUCCUGUAUUCCCUAGAGCACUAUUUACCUCUACAGUCCUGUAUUCCCUAGAGCACUAUUUACCUCUACAGUCCUGUAUUCCCUAGAGCAGUAUUUACCUCUACAGUCCUGUAUUCCCUAGAGCACUAUUUACCUCUACAGUCCUGUAUUCCCUAGAGCACUAUUUACCUCUACAGUCCUGUAUUCCCUAGAGCACUAUUUACCUCUACAGUCCUGUAUUCCCUAGAGCAGUAUUUACCUCUACAGUCCUGUAUUCCCUAGAGCACUAUUUACCUCUACAGUCCUGUAUUCCCUAGAGCACUAUUACCUCUAGAGCACUAUUUACCUCUACAGUCCUGUAUUCCCUAGAGCACUAUUUACCUCUACAGUCCUGUAUUCCCUAGAGCACUAUUUACCUCUACAGUCCUGUAUUCCCUAGAGCACUAUUUACCUCUACAGACCUGUAUUCCCUAGAGCACUAUUUACCUCUACAGACCUGUAUUCCCUAGAGCACUAUUUACCUCUACAGUCCUGUAUUCCCUAGAGCACUAUUUACCUCUACAGUCCUGUAUUCCCUAGAGCACUAUUUACCUCUACAGUCGUCCUGUAUUCCCUAGAGCACUAUUUACCUCUACAGACCUGUAUUCCCUAGAGCACUAUUCAGUUCACUCACUCACACACACACACACAUUGACUCGAACUCUGCACACACUUUGCAUAAAAAUUAAAAAGUAGAGUUGCAGAGUAGAAUUGGGUAGAGAGACUUGGAGGGUUAGUUGGAGGUUAACCUGUUUUCUCUGGACUGGGAAGUCUGGACUCACUGUCUGGGACUAGCUGUGCAGUAGAGAGCACUGUCUAGGACCGACAGGUUUGCUGUGUUAACGCAAAUAGACAGACACACUCUUUCUCUUACUCCUCUCUUCGGCUCUUCACCCUUUCACUUUCUCUCUUUUUCUAUCUGUCUCUCUCUCUCACUCACAAACACAUGUUUCACUCUCUUGCUCACAGGUGGAAGGAAAUGAGAAUUUAAUCACCAUCCUUCUGGACUUGAGCCUUCACACUUAUCUCUCCAUUCAUCUGAAGUGCAUCCCAAAUGGCAUCCUAUUCCCUACAUAGUGCACUACUUUUGACCAGAGCCCAUAUGGUAGUGCACUAUAUAGGGAAUAGGGUGCCAUUGACUGUAGUGGUAAUAGAAUCAGAGCACAGGAGAUAGUCUAUUUUAAGUUGUCUUGUACAGUUGCAGAAUGAAUCGCUUCCUGUGAAUGGAAUAAUGCAUCUCUUGUUCUCUCUUAUCUAUCUCUCUCUCUCUGUUGUGAAGGCUGGUGAUGGAGGCUCCAGAGAGAGGGGGUUGAGUGUAGAUCCUGUACUAACCAACCCCUCUCUUGCUGGGCAUGGCAGAGCCGCAGGGCUGGGGUCCGGCCUGACCUCUAUACAUGCUAGUGGUGAAGAGGAGAGCAGCAGCCCUCACCCCUCUCACCCUCUCCCCUCUGCCCAACAGCCACCCCUGACACCUACCUUCUCCCUCAAAAGGAAGCAUGGCGCCCCUCUGCCCAAAAUCGCCCUCUUCAGGCGGCUGGUGAAAUGGGAACCCCCUCGAUCCUCACAGGGAAAGCAAGGAACUUGCAAGGGGGCCAGGAGGGGUGCAAACCCCAAACCCCAACCCCCAAACACCCAGACCUGACCCCAGCCUUUAGCCUAGACCCCCGAACCAAAACCAAGACCCUCCACAAGACUGAGGGAACCAAGGGCGUAUCUCUAACCCCUAACCCCCCACAUCGACCCCCAGCCAACCCAGUUAGGCCAAGACAGGGGGUCCCAAUGGGGGAGAGGGGGCUUGAAUCAACCAGAGACCAUUCUAGUUCAGACACCCCCCAGCAUAGAUCCUCCAAAACCCCCAAACCACCCAAGCCGAAGCAGACCAGACCUGGGCCUAACCAGGGUCAACUCACCCCAGAAACAGAACCAGAGGUGGGAAGCGGUGCCGGUGACCCCCAGGCCCAGUCCAACCAAUCCAAAGCCUGUCUGACUACAGCCAUGAUCUCUGACCCCAGAGUAAGGGAUGCUGGGAAGUUGAGUCCUGAGGAGAGAGGCAAGGUGCUGGAGGAGGCAGGGCAGGCCAGUGCGCUGGUUCUAACCAUGGUGUACCAGGAUGGAACCACUCAGAUGGACUCAGAACAGGUGGGCAAGAGUUUUCUUUUGACCCUCCAGAAAGUCAAAGCAAUGUUUCUAACCUCAGGCAAUUGUUUCCUUUGAUAUUCAAAUACAGGUCUCAGAAAAACAUAUAAUAUUUGAAGGUAUUUGAUAUGUAAGUUAUUUGAAAAACAACAAAAUAAUGAUUUGAUGAAGAACCAAAAACUACAACAGUUAGUUUAAUUAGUCAAAAUAUGUAUGGUCAUUAUCACAUAUAGCUUAGAAUUAAAUACUUAAUGAUUGAAGAAAAAAAAUGAAAACAUGCUAAACAUGGAAAGUAAUACAAACGUAAACCAAACAGGCAUUUAGCUAGAUGUAGACGUUUGUUUGUUGAGGGACAUGGACUCAUCUCAACAUUAGAGUAGAACACUUUUGCAUUUUCAAAAUGAGACAUAGGGUAGUACAAUACCUAUGUAACAACACUUGACAUUAAGUUAUUAUACAUACAGUACCAGUCAAAAGUUUGGACACACCUACUCAUUCAAGGGUUUUUCUUUAUUUUUACUAUUUUCUACAUUGUAGAAUAAUAGUGAAGACAUCAAAACGAUGAAAUAACACAUAUGGAAUCAUGUAGUAACCAAAAAAUUGUUAAACAAAUCAAAAUAUAUUUUAUAUUUGAGAUUCUUCAAAGUAGCCACCCUUUGCCUUGAUGACGGCUUUGCACACUCUUGGCAUUCUCUCAACCAGCUUCAUGAGGUAGUCACCUGGAAUGCAUUUCAAUUAACAGGUGUGCCUUGUUAAAAGUUAAUUUGUGGAAUUUCUUUCCUUAAUGCGUUUGAGCCAAUCAGUUGUGUUGUGACAAGGUAGGGGUGGUAUACAGAAGAUAGCACUAUUUGGUAAAAGACCAAGUCCAUAUUAUGGCAAAAACAGCUCAAAUAAGCAAAGAGAUUUGACAGUCCAUCAUUACUUUAAGACAUGAAGGUCAGUCAAUCCGGAAAAUUUCAAGAACUUUGAAAGUUUCUUCAAGUGCAGUCGCAAAAACCAUCAAGCGCUAUGAUGAAACUGGCUCUCAUGAGGACCGUCACAGGGAAGGAAGACCCAGAGUUACCUCUGCUGCAGAGAACAAGUUAAUUAGAGUUAACUGCACCUCAGAUUGCAGCCCAAAUAAAUGCUUCACAGAGUUCAUCUCAACAUCAACUGUUCAGAGGAGACUGCGUGAAUCAGGCCUUCAUGGACAAAUUGCUGCAAAGAAACCACUACUAAAGGACACCAAUUAUAAGAAGAGACUUGCUUGGGCCAAGAAACACGAGCAAUGGACAUUAGACCGGUGGAAAUCUGUCCUUUGGUCUGGUGAGUCCAAAUUGGAGAUUUGUGGUUCCAACCGCCAUGUCUUUGUGAGACGCAGAGUAGGUGAACGGAUGAUGCCAAGAGUGUGCAAAGCUGUCAUCAAGGCAAAGGGUGGCUGCUUUGAAGAAUCUAAAAUCUAAAAUAUAUUUGGUUCAAUAUGUGUUAUUUCAUAGUUUUGAUGUCUUCACUAUUAUUCUACAAUGUAGAAAAUAGUAAAAAUAAAGAAAACCCUUGAAUGAUUAGGUGUGUCCAAACUUUUGACUGGUACUGUAUGUAGUAAUUCUGUGAUUACUACAUUGUUACAUAGAAAUAGCUUUAUAAUUGCAUAAUAAUGGAGUUAUUACACAAGUGGAAUAAGGAACAGUCACUAUUCCUCUUGUGUACAGUAGUUACAAAAACUCUCUGCUCAUUGCUAUGCAAUUAAAAUGCAAUUUCCAAAGUAUCAUGUAACAACAUGCUAAUAAAAUGUUGGUCCAAAAGUAAUUGCAGUGUUAUAACACAGGCACAAGAACAGUUACAUUUUACUGAGAAUACUAACAGUAACUGUUAAAAUAUGGCUAUUAAGUGUCUAAGGGGACUAAAUAUCCCAAAACUGCUUUCUUGAAUCAACUACAGCCAACAUAAGUGGAAAAUCAUGUUAAUUUGUAUUCUGAUUAAACUAUCCCUUUAAAGCUGGUAAAGUGUGUGUUUGAAACAAGAAAACUCAGAUGGACAAAGGUUUGAAGUUGUUUUUGCUGAGCAUCCAACUUCCUGUUUGCAAGAUUAGCAAAUGGCUUUGAAUUACUCUGCAGUAUUUUCAGGUAUCAUAAAAUGAAUUGCAGCUUUUGUCCUUAUCAGUGGCAUGUUGAGAGUCAUACAAUAGUGGCGUGUCACAACUGAUUUAUACUGCUCAUCUGUACAAAAUAUAAUUGGUUAAUUCGUUUGACUUGAUUAUCUACACCUGGGGCAUGUUCAUGAUCAUUUACAGAAUGUUCAGAUAGUAAUGUAUUGUGUAGAUCAAAUAUGAUCUACUGUCAGAUUGGAAUAGUAUAGGAAAUUGUGUGUGUAUCUGACAGUUCCUGAUACAGCCCUGCCUUUAGUUGAAGGCAUCCAAACCAAUAGUUUCUGAAAAGUAAUUCCUUCCUGAGAUCUGUAUUAAAAUAGUUUUUUUUUUUCUUUCUACAAAGCAUAUUUAAAACUAUAGUUAUCCCAGGUCUGCAGCCAAUUAUGUAAGACAUGAUAUUGGUGCAGUGUAUGCCUGUAGUGAUGCUACUAAUGUAAGCCUGGAAAGCAAGGCUUUGUGUGUCCCAAAUGGCACCCUAAUUCCCUACGUAGUGCACUACUUUUGACCUGGGCUUAUAGGGAAUAGGCACUAUAUAGUGAAUAGGGUGCCAUUUUGGACACACAGUAUUUAUGUUGUUAUGCCUACUCUCUGUGUGGCCUAUAGAACCUCAGUCUGUCAGUGUGUGGGGUCCUAUAGCUGCAACAAAUACAUAAUUAUGCUGGUUGGCCAUAUUCACUGACAUAAACUGCUCUCUUGUCUAUGUGUCCUGUAGAAGCUCAGUCCGUCAGUGUGUGGGGUGCUGGUGAUGUUGAAAAGAGAUCUGGACCAGACUGGACCAGUACCAGGACCAGAGGAGGGAGUGGCACCAGGAGACAGUCUGGUCUACCUCAGACUGGAACAGAAACCUGCAUGGGCCCAGAGCCACCAAGACCACAACCUAGACCUCUUCAACAGGUAGGGUAUAUGUGUAGGAGGGAGGGAGGGAGGGAGGAUAGGUGCACUACAUAGAACAAGUCUGGGAAAAAAUCCCAAUGAUGAUUUGCGUCCCUCCCUGUGUGUGUGUGUCCUGUAGAGAGAUGCUGCUGCAGAUAGUGUCAGGGUCUCAACUGGUGGUGUGUUACAAGGCCAAAGACCUGCUCCGUACAGCACUGCAGCACUACAGAUCAGACCUACACUGGAAACAAAGUAACUUUGAUAGGGCCCUUUGAUAAGGCUGUUAAGAACUCCCCCAACGGAGAUCUGUUGGGGUUGUGGCUGUUUGUCUUGGGGUUCUUUUCCCCUAUAAAGCCAUACUCUCUCCUCCUGUUUGCUACUAUAUUAUUUGAUGGCUAGUCUAAUACUGGCAUAUAGAAUACAUGUUUUACCUGUUUAAAGAACACUGGUCUGAAAUACUGUUGUAAGUCUCGUCCAAGCCAGAACGGCCCAUAGGCCAGGAGCCUAUCUCCUGUUUCUGUAGCGUGAAGCAGCUUGAUGUACAAGUACAACCCCUGGACAGGACGCUAGUCAGUAAUCCAUUAUUCUGUUGUGUUCAUUCCCCCCAGUCUCAUCUUGUCGUGUCCAGGACCCCCAGGUAGCAGCCUGGCUGUUGGACCCAGCUGACCCCUCUUCCUGCUUCACUAACCUGCUCACCAAACACUGUAGGACACCCCCCAGAACCCCAACACCUGCCCUGGGGGCAAGGAAGGUCUGUUGCACCAAACAAUACAACUAGUCUCUCUAGCACACCGGUCAUCAAUUCUGCCAUUGAAGCAGAAGACACCACCAAUCCUGGUCCUGAAGAUCGAUAGGGUGUGCAGGCUUUAUUUCCAGCCCAGCAUCACCACACCUAAUUCAACUGAUCUCUCAUUUUUGUCCUUCAUCUAGAGCCCUGCACGGGCAUGAAAUGUAGGCCCGAGCUCUGCCCGUGACGUUCAGGCCCUACCCAACCCGGGCCCCAUUAAUUCUGCCAAAUUGAAGGCCCUGCAGAAAUCAGAAAUAACUUUCUCUGUUAGUAUAUCCAUUAGCUGCUCCUCUGUCCGUCCCUCGCUCCUUGCGCCGGCCCCCUCCGCUCUGCGUGUGUGAGUAUCCAUAGCAACGGCUCCGCUGGGCAGCCUGCUCAAUGACGACGAGACGUGAAAGAGCUGUUAGUUAGCUACUUUUCGUCACUCUAAACAAUAUUGUUUUAAUCUAAUCUCUCCUGUCGAGGUUGAAGCACUUCUAACACCAUGUUAGGAUCUUAGUAAGAUAUGACUGUACAGAGACACUGUGCAGCAGAGUAAGAGCAAAUGGCUCUGCCUCAAAAUGUAAGUGAUCAAUUUAGUAAUUCUUGAUAAUGAUACCCGAGCCUGGCCCGUAUCCUAGUUAUUGAUAAAAAACAUGCCGUAUCCGGCCCGAACCUGAUGUACUGUAAAGUGCCGGGGGCCCGUCAGGCUCGGUUCGGGUAGCAGAGCUCUACCCUCAUCCCGUGAUUCAUAGACUUAGCAAAUUCCUGAUGUGCAGUUGAGGAGUUAAAUAUGGUGUGUUAGUGCUAGGCUGGAACAAAAGCCUGCACAUCCAGUAGCUCAAUAUACAGUGUUACUCUCUAAUUUCUGUUUCAUAUAUCUCACCCCCCCCCCUCUCUGUCAGGUGUCCCAGGUUAUCUCCAGUCUGUCUCUGCUCUACAGGCUGAAUGUGGAGCUACGCUCUAAACUACAAGUCAGUCCCUCCCUGAGGAUCCAUGAGACCAUAAAACGUCUCAGCCAUAUGAUCCUCUUUCUUGUAAUACGCACUGAUACAUACACACACACAGAUACACACACACAUGUUUUGUUCAAUAUCCUCGUGGGGGUUUCCAUUCAAAAUCCUAGUUUCCCUUACCCGUAACCCAAACCCUAAACCUAACCACUAGCCCCUUACCCUAACUCUAAUUGUAACCCUAAACCUAACCCCUAAGCUUAAAAAAGCCUUUGUCGUCAUGGGGACAUGGGAAAUGUCCCCACGAGGGAGAAUUUUCCUUGUUUUACUAUGCUUGUUGGGACUUUUGGGGAUUUUAGGUCCCCACAAGGAUAGAAGAACCAACCAACCCACACAAACAUCCUACCUGACUUGUCUCUCUGUGUAUCCAGAGCCAGGGUCUGUGGGACCUGUACUCUAAUAUGGAGCUGACAAUGAUCCCUGUACUGGCAGGUAAGGACACCAUGUUGAGAGGUCAUCAUGAUCCUAUGACCUGACCAUACUGAGCUACUAUAACUAGAGGUGAAAGGAGACAAGCAGGAAGGACAUGAGGAAUCAAGGAAAUACAAUUGACAUUCUCUCUAGGCCUAUAUGUAUGCUCCUAUUUACAUUAUGCUACUCUGGUUCUCUAAGCGAUGGAGAGCCACAGGAUCCAUGUGAACAAGGAGUCCCUAAAGACAACAUCAGAGAUGCUGGGGGUAAGAACUAUAAUUACAAUACUGUAAAAGGGAGGAAACAGAGAGGGUUUAAGUAGUGUAUACACACACUCAGACACACCAUGAUGCCUCCAGUAGGGGGAUGUUUGGAGAGUGUGUCCUGUGUCUUGCUGUGCUCUAUAAAUAGAAUAGAGAGUCUGUCUGUCUGUUUGUUUCCUUUAGGGUGGAGUGUUGCAGUAGGAAUGAGCAUCACUGUUUUACACACACACGCACACUCACUAACGCACGCACACACACGGAUUAAAAGUUGCUGUGAUAAUCUAGAAGAAUAAUAACCAAACUUGUCUUCUGUUUCUCAUGACGACGACCCACACACAAGACAUGAUGAGGAUGCAGAGGAGAGAGGGUGGAAGGGAGAGAGAGAAGGAUGGAGGGAUAACAAGUUGCAAGGGAGAGAGAAGUCCUAACAUAAUCAUAUUCUGAACCGAAGUGUUUGUUUUUCAGUGUGUGUGACACCUACACAGCGUGAGCACAUUAAAAGCCUAACUGAAACAGACAGUGCUUUUAAACGACUGACAGGCAGGCAAGCAGAAAGAGACAGAGGGCUGGAGAGAGAGAGAGAAGAGAGGGGCGAGGGAGAGACAUACCGAAGACUGACAAGAGGGAGAAAGGGAGAAAACCGAGUGGGAGGAGGGAAACAGAAUGGAGGACGAGAGGGGUGGUGAAAAGAGAGGCAGGGGCAAAUAAAAAAGAGAGUAAAGAUGGAGAUAGAGAGAGUGACAUGACGGAAGUGUUGUUUUAGAUGUACAUUCCCCACUGCAGGAGGAGCGUUAGGAGAAUGUUCAUUCAGAUAUCUGACAGUAUAUCAAAUCAUAUUGUAUUUAUCACAUUCGCCGAAAACAACAGGUGUGUAUACCUUACCGUGAAAUGCUUACUUACAAGCCCUUAACCAACAAUGCAGUUUAAAGAAAAAUAAGAGUUAAGAAAAUAUUAACCAAAGAAAGUUUAAAAAAAAUUAAAGAGUAACAAUAAAAUAACAAUAAUGAGGUUAUAUACAGGGGGCACUGGUACCGAGUCAAUGUGCGGGGGUACAGGUUAGUCCAGGUAAUUGAGGUAAUAUGUACAUAAUAAUAAUAAUAAUAUGCUAUUUAGCUGACGCUUUUAUCCAAAGCGACUUACAGUCAUGCGUGCAUACAUUUUUUUUUUGUGUAUGGGUGGUCCCGGGGAUCGAACCCACUACCCUGGCGUUACAAGCGCCGUGCUCUACCAGUUGAGCUACAGAGGACCACGCAUGUAGGUAGGGGUAAAGUGACCAUGCAUAGAUAAUAAACAGCGAGUAGCAGCAGCGUAAAAAAGGGGUGGGGGGUCAAUGCAAAUAGUCCGGGGGGCCAUUUGAUUAGCUGUUCAGCAGUCUUAUGGUUUGGGGGUAGAAGCUGUUAAGAAGCCUUUUGGACCUAGACUUGGCGCUCCGGUACCGCUUGCCGUGCGAUAGCAGAGAGAACAGUCUAUGACUAGGGUGGCUGGAGUCUUUGGCAAUUUUUAGGGCCUUCCUCUGACACCGCCUGGUGUAGAGGUCUUGGAUGGCAAUUGAGUCUUCAUGGAUUUGUCUGUCUGCUUCAGAAUCAGUCUCUCUCUUAACAUGAAAGGACAAUCUCACAACAGAACAUGGUGCAUCUCUCUCUGAGAUAAAAUAACUGUGAUUACCAUAAGCUUUGAAACAGAGAAAGAGAACAGAGAAGCAACACACACACUAUUGCACUGUGUUUGUCUGAAAGCCAGAGGGAAACCCUUAGGUGGAUGUUGUUAUUGUUUUGUCUGAUUUCGAGAACAGAGAUGAAAUACAUCAAACAUAGAAGAACACACACAUACAUACACACUGGGACACACAUACACACACACUGGGACACAGACAGUGAAGAGUGUGUAUAGCAGUCAGAUUAGGCCAGCUCUGCCCGAGGUUUAGGAGAGAGCAGUGAUAAGUCCCUGUACUGACAAUUAUCUCCCUUCCUCUUCAGCAAUCUCUUCUCCCGUCUCUCAACCACUCAGAGUCGAAAGGAGAGAAAAAAAGAAUAAAAAAUAAAAAGAGGAAAACCAAAAGAGGAAGGGGUAGGGAGGAGCUCCUCCCCUUCAGUCUCUCCCCCUGCCCCCCUCCUCCCCCCCCUCUCUCUCCCACUCCCUCUCUCUCCCCCUCUCUCUGUCAGACUAAGAUGAAGCAGCUUGAGCACCAGGCCCACCAGGCAGCAGGCCAGAUGUUUCUAGUGUCCAGCAGCACCCAGCUCAGGACGGUCAGUGUAUGUGUGUGUGUAUAGGUGUGUGUGUGUAUAGGUGUGUGUCUGUGUGUGCAAAGGUGUGUGUGUGCUGUCCUAAUCCUGCUCUCUCUACAGGUUCUGUUUGAGAAGCUGCGUCUGCAGGAGCGCUGUGAAAACAAGAAGCUCCCCAAGACCCUCAACAAACAACAGCAGUCUACAUCCGAGGCUGUGGUGAGAGACACACACACACACACAAACUGAUACAAACACACACACACACACACACACUCGCAUUGCCCUUCAGUAGUAUGAAGUAGUAACGCCUCUCUUCUCUGUGUGUAGUUGGUUGCAGCUCCAGGACCUGCACCCUCUGCCGAAGAUCAUUCUGGAAUACAGACAGGUCAGUGAUGAACACAGUAUGUUUGACUGAUUGAUUGAUCGAUUGAUUCAUUGGUAGCUGCUCACACAGUAUUACUACAGUACUAUAUGACUAUAAUAACAACAACAUGUGUGUUGUUAUUUUUACCCCCCCCCCCCCCCCAGGUUCAUAAGAUCAAGUCCACCUUCGUCGAUGGGAUUCUGUCUUGCAUGAUGAGCAAGGUGAGCGCACACCCUCAGGCUGGGACUAAAGCAUCUCUAAAGGAGCUGGUCUUCUUUAGAGAUGCUUUGUGAAUAGGGGCCCAGGAGUAAAAACAUUUAAAUAGAGGAACCUUUCUAUUUAAUCUCCUUCAUUCCCUAGAACAAACACUAGAGGGCAGUACUAGUUAAUUGUCUUUUGAAGCUCUAGUUUAUUGCAAAUGCUCUGUAAGGAAAUGUAGCUUUGAGUCUGUCCUCUGGCAUUUCCUAAUGACCUGUACAAAAAUGUUGAUGUUUGGUUGCUUGUCAUGCUAAACUGCUCUCUUUCUUCCUCUCUCACUUCUCUCUCUCUCUCUCUUUAUCUCCUCCCUCUCUUUCGUUGCUCUCUCUCUGUCUCGCUCUCUCGCUCUCAGAACUUCAUCUCGUCCACAUGGUACCAGACCAGUGCAGUGACUGGAAGAAUCUCUGCCAAACACCCAGUGAGUCCCUCAUCCUCCCUCCCUCCAUCUCAGGGUUACUCCUCCUUUCAACCCAUCCCUCUCCUCCCUUUACCUCUCAGCAAUGUCCUUGCCUUAAUUUCAACACUGAGGCUCUCUCACUCUCUAUCGCUCUCUCUCUCUCGUUCUCACUCGCUCUCUCUCUCUUUCUCACUCUCCCCUCCCUCUCUCUCUCUCUCUCUCUCUCUCAUACACACACAUACACAGACUCUAAUGUCUGGUGUAUUGUUGCUGAGAAAAGCUUCUCUCUCCUGUUUGAACCUUUCACUCAGGUUUUAUUUUAGUCACAGAAGAGAGAGAACUGUCUUGGUAAGAGUACUGUGGUGCAUUCAUGUGUGUUCGUAGGCUGAGGUUGUGAUAGGCUCCAUGUACUAGAGGGGCUCUUGCGCGCGCGCACACACACACACACUCGAGUGGCGCAGCGGUCUAAGGCACUGCAUCUCAGUGCUAGAGGCGUCACUUCAGACCCUUGUUCGAUUCCAGGCUGUAUCACAAUCCGGCCGUGAUUGAGAGUCCCAUAGGGCGGCGCACAAUUGGCCCAGCGUCGUCUGGGUUUGGCCGGGGUAGGCCGUCAUUGUAAAUAAGAAUUUGUUCUUAACUGACUUUCCUAGUUAAAUAAAGGUUAAAUCAAAAAUAAAUAAACACACACACACUAGUGAGUCGGGGUGAUGGAGUGAGUGAGUGCAGAGAAAUACCACUGCUGAAAUAUUAAUACACACACACACACACACACACACACACACACACACACACACACACACACACACACACACAUACAUACAGUACCAGUCAAAAGUUUGGACACACCUAAUCAUUCCAGGGUUUUUCUUUAUUGUUACUAUUUUCUAAUAAUGAAGACAAUAAAACUAUGAAAUAACACACAGAAUCAUGUAGUAACCAAAAAAGUGUUAAGCAAAUCAAAAUAUAUUGUAUAUUUGAGAUUCUUCAAAGUAGCCACUCUUUGCCUUGAUGACAGCUUUGCACACUCUUGGCAUUCUCUCAACCAACUUCAUGAGGUAGUCACCUGGAAUGCAUUUCAAUUAAAAGGUGUGCCUUGUUAAAAGUUACUUUGUGGAAUUUCUUUCCUUCUUAAUGCGUUUGAGCCAAUCAGUUGUGUUGUGACAAGGUAGGGGUGGUAUACAGACGAUAGCCCCAUUUGGUAAAAGACCAAGUCCAUAUUAUGGCAAGAACAGCUCAAAUAAGCAAAGAGAAACGACAGUCCAUCAUUACUUUAAGACAUGAAGGUCAGUCAAUCCGGAACAUUUCAAGAACUUUGAAAGUUUCUUCAAGUGCAGUCGCAAAAACCAUCAAGCGCUAUGAUGAAACUGGCUCUCAUGAGGACCGCCACAGGAAAGGAAGACCCAGAGUUACCUCUGCUGCAGAGGAUAAGUUAAUUAGAGUUACCAGCCUCAGAAAUUGCAGCCCAAAUAAAUGCUUCACAGAGUUCAAGUAACAGACACAUCUCAACAUCAACUGUUCAGAGGAGACUGCGUGAAUCAGGCCUUCAUAGUCGAAUUGCUGCAAGGAAACCACUACUAAAGGACACCAGUAAGAAGAAGAGACUUGCUUGGGCCAAGAAACACGAGCAAUGGACAUUAGACCAGUGGAAAUCUGUCCUUUGGUCUGAUGAGUCCAAAUUUGAGAUUUUUGGUUCCAACCGCCGUGUCUUUGUGAGAUGCAGAGUAGGUGAACCGAUUAUCUCUGCAUGUGUGGUUCCCACCGUGACGCAUGGAGGAGUAGGGGUGUUGGUGUGGGGGUGCUUUUCUGGUGACACUGUCAGUGAUUUAUUUAGAAUUCAAAGCACACUUAACCAGCAUGGCUACCACAGCAUUCUGCAGCAAUACGCCAUUCCAUUUGGUUUGCGCUUAGUGGGACAUUUGUUUUUCAACAGGACAAUGACCCAACACACCUCCAGGCUGUGUAAGGGCUAUUUGACCAAGAUGGAGAGUGAUGGAGUGCUGCAUCAGAUGACCUGGCCUCCACAAUCACCCGACCUCAACUCAAUUGAGAUGGUUUGCGAUGAGUUGGACCGCAGAGUGAAGGAAAAGCAGCCAACAAGUGCUCAGCAUAUGUGGGAACUCCUUCAAGACUGUUGGAAAAGCAUUCCUCAUGAAGCUGGUUGAGAGAAUACUAACAGUGUGCAAAGCUGUCAUCAAGGCAACAGGUGGCUACUUUGAAGAAUCUCAAAUAUAAAAUAUAUUUUGAUUUGUUUAACACUUGUUUGCUUACUACAUGAUUCCAUAUGUGUUAUUUCAUAGUUUUGAUGUCUUCACUAUUAUUCUACAAUGUGGAAAAUAGUAAAAAUAAAGAAAAAUUGUUGAAUGAGUAGGUGUGUCCAAACUUUUGACUGGUACUGUACAUACAGUGGAGAGAACAAGUAUUUGAUACACUGCCGAUUUUGCAGGUUUUCCUACUUACAAACCAUGUAGAGGUCUGUAAUUUUUAUCAUAGGUACACUUCAACUGUGAGAGACGGAAUCUAAAACAAAAAUCCAGAAAAUCACAUUGUAUGAUUUUUAAGUAAUUAAUUUGCAUUUUAUUGCAUGACAUAAGUAUUUGAUCACCUACCAACCAGUAAGAAUUCUGGCUCUCACAGACCUGUUAGUUUUUCUUUAAGAAGCCCUCCUGUUCUCCACUCAUUACCUGUAUUAACUGCACCUGUUUGAACUCUUUAUCUGUAUAAAAGACACCUGUCCACACACUCAAUCAAACAGACUCCAACCUCUCCACAAUGGCCAAGACCAGAGAGCUGUGUAAGGACAUCAGGGAUAAAAUUGUAGACCUGCACAAGGCUGGGAUGGGCUACAGGACAAUAGGCAAGCAGCUUGGUGAGAAGGCAACAACUGUUGGUGCAAUUAUUAGAAAAUGGAAGAAGUUCAAGAUGACGGUCAAUCACCCUCGGUCUGGGGCUCCAUGCAAUAUCUCACCUUGUGGGGCAUCAAUGAUCAUGAGGAAGGUGAGGGAUCAGCCCAGAACUACACGGCAGGACCUGGUCAAUGACCUGGAGAGAGCUGGGACCACAGUCUCAAAGAAAACCAUUAGUAACACACUACGCCGUCAUGGAUUAAAAUCCUGCAGCGCACGCAAGGUCCCCCUGCUCAAGCCAGCGCAUGUCCAGGCCCGUCUGAAGUUUGCCAAUGACCAUCUGGAUGAUCCAGAGGAGGAAUGGGAGAAGGUCAUGUGGUCUGAUGAGACAAAAAUAGAACUCCACUCGCCGUGUUUGGAGGAAGAAGAAGGAUGAGUACAACCCCAAGAACACCAUCCCAACCGUGAAGCAUGGAGGUGAAAAAUCAUUCUUUGGGGAUGCUUUUCUGCAAAGGGGACAGGACGACUGCACCAUAUUGAGGGGAGGAUGGAUGGGGCCAUGUAUCGCGAGAUCUUGGCCAACAACCUCCUUCCCUCAGUAAGAGCAUUGAAGAUGGGUCGUGGCUGGGUCUUCCAGCAUGACAACGACCCGAAACACACAGCCAGGGCAACUAAGGAGUGGCUCCGUAAGAAGCAUCUCAAGGUCCUGGAGUGGCCUAGCCAGUCUCCAGACCUGAACCCAAUAGAACAUCUUUGGAGGGAGCUGAAAGUCUGUAUUGCCCAGCGACAGCCCCGAAACCUGAAGGAUCUGGAGAAGGUCUGUAUGGAGGAGUGGGCCAAAAUCCCUGCUGCAGUGUGUGCAAACCUGGUCAAGACCUACAGGAAACGUAUGAUCUCUGUAAUUAUGUACCAAAUAUUAAGUUCUGCUUUUCUGAUGUAUCAAAUACUUAUGUCAUGCAAUAAAAUGCAAAUGAAUUACUUAAAAAUCAUACAAUGUGAUUUUCUGGAUUUUUGUUUUAGAUUCCGUCACUCACAGUUGAAGUGUACCUAUGAUAAAAAUUACAGACCUCUACAUGCUUUGUAAGUAGGAAAACCUGCAAAAUCGGCAGUGUAUCAAAUACUUGUUCUCCCCACUGUACAUACAUACAUACAUACAUACUGGAGCACAGACAACAACAACCAACAGAAGUUUCUCACACUGAUUCUCAUGAUCACACACACACACAGCAGGGUUUCCAUUAGGAAAAUGUGGUGACAGACAUUUGACCGGCAGCAUUUUAAUUUACCGGACAUUUGAGAAAUUUACCGGACCCGUAUGCAUUGGUGGCGUAACCUGAUUUGGGCGUCCACCCACAGUGCUCAGAAAGAUAGAAAUCACAUUUUGAUUAUGGUAAUUCAUAUGAACAGAACAUACGAGUCGAGGAUGCAACGAUGUGCGGCCCUUCUUACCGUGUUCUGAUGCUCACUUUGAAGAUGUUAGAAUAACUGUCCACAUUGACUUUUCCUCAGCCAACAAGACGAGUAAUGAACAGCAAAAUCACUAGCUUAUGUCAAUCUACUAUCCCCCAUAGUAGAACAGUUUACCUAGGCCUAUUCUAUUGGUCAGCUUGUUGAGAAAGAAAUAGCCUAUUCCAAACAGACUCUGGGACAGUUGUGGGACGAUAGAUCCUAAAUUCAUACAACCAGUAGGCCUAGGCUACAUAAAAAUUAAAAGAAACUGUUAAAAAGCAAUGAGUCUGAUGCAACAGAUCAGAAUGUUUAGCUUAAAAUGUUGAUAAACUAAUAUUUCUUCACAUUAUAAGUGCAAUUAGCGGGGAAAUACAUUGUCAAAAGCAAGCCACACAUGCAAGCGGUUUCAUAUGACAAAUAUAAAAAUAUCUGUUAGAAAUUUAGAAAGAGGGGAGAUCUAAAGAUGCAUCAAUUAGCAUGGGUUGCUAAUAUGAUAAGGAUUGUGCCUUUGGCUACUGGACAAUGAAAUAAAGUUUAUAUAAAAUAAUUGCCUCCACGGAUAUGGUUUGAUUUUGGCUAGGCAACUUUGAAGCAAGGUAAGACAUGUCUCAUAAUAUGUAGUAAAUAGUUCAGGUUUCAAACAAUUAAAGUAUAUGUUUUUAAAAUGCAUACUGCUUCCAGCUCAUUGCAAAGUUGUGUGUGACGCGCUGAUGAAGCCUGCCUUCCGAUGCAUUUUCUGUUUGAGAUGCUGUAGCAGCAGCUCUCGCCAUGUCUGACAGAUUUUCUGCUCAAAGGCUCUGUAUGCUGUAUGUGUGUGAUAAAUAAAAUACAUAGCGAAUAUACUGUACACGCGCCAAUUUAAUUCCACUAAAUUAAGCAAAUAAACCUAUAGACCAAUAAGCAUGAACAGUCAAAUGUAUUUCCAUGGACUGGUAUUUCCAUCAAUGAGUAGUCUAAAAAUAUUAUUUCACAAUGGGAUUUUUUCUUCUUCUCCCGGACAAUUGGCCAGCGGCAAUUUUAUUUAUUGGCUUUUCAAUUUUUUUUAUCUGCCAAAAGCUGUCUGUUACCAGCUAACGGAAACCCUGAAACAUGCACACUGGAGCACAGACAACAAUAACCAACACAAGUUUCUCGCACUGAUUCUCAUGUUCUCAAACACACUAUUUCUGUUGCACCGUGAAGGUGUCAGUGGAGUGUAUCCUUAUUAUUAUUAUUAUUAUUAUUAUUAUUAUUAUUAUUAUUAUUAUAUUACUCUCUUUCAUCUCUUGUUCCUGUAUGUCUCCUGACCUCAUCUGCUUCUCUCUCUCUCUCCCACCUCUUUUUCUGUGGGUCGAUAGCUCAUCCCUACCGUCAGGGUCCAGCGACCCUGUCACCAAGCCCCCAGACUUCCAUACACACACACCUCACUUACAUAUUACACGCACAUCACACACACUUUCGGUUUCUCACACACACACUCACUCAACUUUUCUAAUCUCAAGUAAUGAUCUCUGCUCGCUUUCCAUUGAUCACUGCAUGUCCCUUGUCUCACUGAUGUAAUGGGCUGUCGGACAUUCAACCAGCUUCUACUAGUUGUACUGGAGUAUUUAGACUACCUAGCUACCUUAAGUCUAUCUCAGGGGUUGGUACUACAGGAACAAAUAACUAUGGCCCUGAGAGUAGACUAUAGCGGAUCUUUAUGGUCCUUUUAGAAAUGCUGCCAUAAAUAGACAAUGGAUUUGCUGGACUUGCUGUUAAAAGCAGAAUGAGUUCUGAGCAAAUCUAUACUUUGACUCAAUACGAUGAAUGGUUUAUUCUACAAUUUUCUGUGGAGUGCAGAAAUUGGAAUUCAGUGCAGAAAGCUGUUCUGCUUUGGUUCCCUGCUGUUUUGGAUAGGGGGAAGAGGAGAGGAGGGGUAGUGCUGGCAUUUGCUCUCUCCUUCUAUACUGUAUCUGAUAACCACUGGGAUUUGCAUGCACACACACACACAUAUAUGCACACACACAGACAGACACACAGUGACCAUUGGUACAUAUCCCAACCAGAAGCCAUGGAUUACAGGCAACAUCCACACUGAGCUGAAGGCUAGAGCUGCCGCUGUCAAGGAGCGGGAGACUAAUCCGGACGCUUAUAAGAAAUCCCGCUAUGACUAUCGACGAGCCAUCAAACAGGCAAAGCGUCAAUACAGGACUAAGAUCAAUCCUACUACGCCGGCUCUGACGUUUGUCGGAUGUGGCAGGGCUUGCAAACUAUCAUGGAUUACAACGAGAAACCCAGCCGCGAGCUGCCCAGUGACACAAGCCUACCAGAUGAGCUAAAUGCCUUCUAUGCUUGUUUCGAGGCAAGCAACACUGAACCAUGCAUGAGAGCACCAGCUGCUCCGGACGACUGUGUGAUCAUGCUCUCCGUAGCAAAUGUGGGUAAGACCUUUAAACAGGUUAACAUUCACAAGGCCGCAGGGCCAGAUGGAUUACAAGGAUGCGUACUCAGAGCAUGCGCUGACCAGCUGGCAAGUGUCAUCACUGAUAUUUUCAACCUCUAUCUGGCCUAGUCUGUAAUACCUACAGUUGAAGUCGGAAGUUUACAUACACCUUAGCCAAAUACAUUUAAACUCAGUUUUUAUAUAUAAUCCUAGUAAAAAUUCCGUCUUAAGUCAGUUAGGAUCAACACUUUAUUUUAAGAAUGUGAAAUGUCAGAAUAAUAGUAGAGAGAAUGAUUUAUUUCAGCUUUUAUUUAUUUCAUCACAUUCCCAGUGGGUCAGAAGUUUACAUACACUCAAUUAGUAUUUGGUAGCAUUGCCUUUAAAUUGUUUAACUUGGGUCAAAUGUUUUGGGUAGCCUUCCACAAGCUUCCCACAAUAAGUUGGGUGAAUUUUGGCCCAUUCCUCCUGACAGAGCUGGUGUAACUGAGUCAGGUUUGCCCACAAAUUGAAUAUAGGAUUGAGGCAGGGCUUUGUGAUGGCCACUCCAAUACCUUGACUUUGUUGUCCUUAAGCCAUUUUGCCACAACUUUGGAAGUAUGCUUGGGGUCAUUGUCCAUUUGGAAGACCCAUUUGCGACCAAGCUUUAACUUCCUGACUGAUGUCUUGAGAUGCUGCUUCAAUAUAUCCACAUAAUUUUCCUUCCUCAUGAUGCCAUUUAUUUUGUGAAGUGCACCAGUCCCUCCUGCAGCAAAGCACCCCCACAGCAUGAUGCUGCCACCCCCGUGCUUCACGUUGGGAUGGUGUUCUUCGGCUUGCAAGCAACCCCCUUUUUCCUCCAAACAUAACGAUGGUCAUUAUGGCCAAACAGUUCUAUUUUUGUUUCAUCAGACCAGAGGACAUUUCUCCAAAAAGUACAAUCUUUGUCCCCAUGUGCAGUUGCAAACCGUAGUCUGGCUUUUUUAUGGUGGUUUUGGAACUCGUUUUACUGUGCAUAUAAUACUUUUGUACCUGUUUCCUCCAGCAUCUUCACAAGGUCCUUUGCUGUUGUUCUGGGAUUGAUUUGCACUUUUUGCACCAAAGUACGCUCAUCUCUAGGAGACAGAACGUGUCUCCUUCCUGAGCGGUAUGACGGCUGCGUGGUCCCAUAUUGUUUAUACUUGCGUACUAUUGUUUGUACAGAUGAACGUGGUACCUUCAGGCGUUUGGAAAUUGCUCCCAAGGAUGAACCAGAUUUGUGGAGGUCUACACCUUUAUUUCUGAGGUCUUGGUAGAUUUCUUUUGAUUUCCCCAUGAUGUCAAGCAAAGAUGCACUGAGUUUGAAGGUAGGCCUUGAAAUACAUCCACAGGUACACCUCCAAUGGACUCAAAUGAUGUCAAUUAGCCUAUCAGAAGCUUCUAAAGCCAUGACAUCAUUUUCUGGAAUUUUCCAAGCUGUUUAAAGGCACAGUCAACUUACUUUAUGUAAACUUCUGACCCACUGGAAUUGUGAUACAGUGAAUUAUAAGUGAAAUAAUCUGUCUGGAAACAAUUAUUGGAAAAAUGACUUGUGUCAUGCACAAAGUAAUGUCCUAACUGACUUGCCAAAACUAUAGUUUGUUAACAAGAAAUGUGUGGAGUGGUUGAAAAACGAGUUUUAAUGACUCCAACCUAAGUGUAUGUAAACAUCCGACUUCAACUGUACAUGUUUCAAGCAGACCACCAUAGCCCCUGUACCCAAGAACGCCAAGGUAACCUGUCUAAAUGACUAUCGCCUCGUAGCACUCACAUCUGUAGCCAUGACAUGCUUUGAAAGGCUGGUCAAGGCUUACAUCAACACCAUCAUUCCAGAUACCCUGGACCCACUCCAAUUCGCAUACCGCCCCAACAGAUCCACAGAUGACGCAAUCUCUAUUGCACUCCACAGUGCCCUCUCCCACCUGGACAAGAGGAACACCUAUGUGAGAAUGCUGUUCAUUUACUACAGCUCAGCGUUCAACACCAUAGUGCCCUCCAAGCUCAUCACUAAACUAAGGACCCUGGGACUGAACGGGCUGCCCGCAGGUGGUGAGGAUAGGCAACAACACAUCCGCCACGCUGACCCACAACACAGGUGCCCCUCAGGGGUGCGUGCUUAGUCCCCUUCUGUACUUCCUGUUCACCAACGACUGUAUGGCCGCACACAACUCCAACACCAUCAUUAAGUUUGCUGACAACAUGACGGUGGUAGGCCUGAUCCCCGACGAUGAUAAAACAGCCUAUUGGGAGGAGGUCAGAGACCUGGCAGUGUGGUGCCAGGACAAUAACCUCUCCCUCAACGUGAGCAAGACAAAGGAGCUAAUCGUGGACUACAGGAAACAGAGGGCCGUGCACACCCCCAUUCACAUCAACGGGGCUGUAGUGGAGCGGGUUGAGAACUUCAAGUUCCUCGGUGUCCACAUCACUAAGGACCUAUCAUGGUUCAAACACACCAACACAGUCGUGAAGAGUGCAUGACAACGCCUCUUCCUCCUCAGGAGGCUGAAAAGAUUUGGCAUCGGCCCUCAGAUCCUCAAAAAAAGUUAUACAGCUGCACCAUUGAAAACAUCUAGACUGGCUUCAUCACUGCUUGGUAUGGCAACUGCUUGGCAUCUGACCUCAAGGUGGUACGGAGGGUAUUUAUUAAUACUUUGAUUAUAACGUGUUAUUAUUUUGCUAUUAUUUCUCUAUUUUCGUUCUCUCUGCAUUUCACUGUUAGUCUACACCUGCUGUUGACGAAUAACACUAUUUUAUUUGACACAUACACAUGCACUGAUCCGCUUUACCUCAUACACACAACCACAUAUUCAAAUGAGGCAUACUGCAGAGCGAUACGCUUUCAUCUGAGAGGAGUUCAUUUGAGGUAUCUGCAAUCUGCAAUAACAAAAGCCUGCCUGAAAUAAAACGGAACAACUAUAAACGCACAGAGUUUGAAAACACGGAAAGCAUCGACCAAGCCGUUUGCAAGGAGACAAAACAAAGGGAUUCUUCUCUUUCUGACGGCUUUAUCUUGCUCCAAAAAUAUGUGCAACCUGUCCCAGCCUUUCUCACUCACACAGAAGCAGACAGCUGACACACACCCUCGAUCUCGAUCUCUAUCUCUCUCUCUCUCCUCUCUUUCUCUUUCUUUCUUUCGUUCUCUGUGUCUCCCUCCCACACACACACACAGACACACACACCCAAAAGCAGUUGGUACACACACACACACACACACACACACACACACACACACACACACACACACACACACACACACACACACACUGACAUGGAUGCCCUUGACAGUAAAACCAAAGAAUGCAAAUGAGAUCAAGCUUCUUCUCUCCUCUUUAUUUCUCCUCUGUCUCUUUCUUUUAUCUCUCGUUUGAAACAGCGGGGUACACAAAGCAUUCAGAUUUCCGGGCCUCUCUUCUCUGCAGCAUUUUCCUCCCUCUCUUUCUUUCUUUCUCUCUCUCUUUCAGUCUCUCCCUCCAUCCCCUCCUUCACUUUCUUUCUCUCCCCCUCUCUAUCUCUGUCUCUCUCUCUCUCUCUCUCUCCCUCCAUCCUCUCUUUCUCUCUCUCUUCUGAGUUUUAAGCCAAAGCUUUGAAUCAGGUUCACUUCUGGCCCUUUUAUGUUUAUGAUGACGUUCACACACACUUGAAUAUGAUUUUAAAACACACACACACACACACACACACACACACACACACACACACACACACACACACACACACACACACACACACACACACACACACACACACUGCUCAGUGUACUGUGUUUGCAUUGUUUGUAUUGCGUUUAAGAUGCUGAAAUUAGAUAUGCCUCCCUACACUCUUCUACAGCGUUUCUGUGCACCAGUAUUUUUAUGAAUGUUUAAAAUUUCAGACACUAAAACAGACUCUUAUUUCAUUCAGUGUGCUGUCUCAGGGUGGCUAUGUCCCAAACGGCACCCUAUUCCAUAGCUGCGGGAAGUAGGGGCACUGAGGGUGCUGCUGCACCCCCUGAAAAAUCAGAAUAAUAAAAUAAAAUAAAAUAUAUUUUAUAUCUGUUUUUUUGUGGUCUUUUUUCACAAAAGUAGUGCACUGGGCCUUUACUAGUCUUGUAUUAGCGGACCGAUAUAGUCGUCAUAGUGCACUAUGAAGGGAAUAGGAUGCCAUUUUGGACGCAGCCAGUGAGUUAAGCUCUAACUGGGGGCUGAACUCAGUACAGUGUUACUGGAUGGCUCAUGCUCUCUGCUGACUUUGUCCUGCCCUACACACACACACUUCCUCUUUCUCUGCCCCUCAGCCUGUAUUUGUGUGUGGGUUAAAGAUGAGAGCAGCACAAGGGACCCCAUUCAUGACUGUGUAAUUUUAAAAAGGCAGCAGUCUUGCACUUUGCUACCUGGGGCAGGAGAGAGGAGCAGCAGUCAGGGACAUAGACUACUAAUGACAGAGGUGCAGGGUGGUAGUCCCUUCAGUAUGGGAUCUCUGUGACGGAACCGUUUUAUGUAAGAUUGAGUUUGGAUUGUGUAUGUGUAUGUGUUGGAGGAAGCUGUGUGUUUGGGGAGGGUGUAUGUGUAUGUGUGUGUGUGUGUGUGUGUGUGCACGCAUGUAUGUUUGUGUGUGCUUUUCUCCUGUGAUGACUCAUUAAGUUGGUGCAGUGUGAUUAAAUCACUGCACACCAGCACAGCAAUCCCCAUCUGUUUAACAUGGGGGUCCACUGGGACCAUUCUCUCUUUCUCUUUCUUUCUCCCUCUCCCCACCCUUUCUCCUUUGCUCUCUCUCUCUCUCUCUCUCUCUCUCUCUCUCUCUCUCUCUCUCUCUCUCUCUCUCUCUCUCUCUCUCUCUCUCUCUCUCUCUCUCUCUCUCUCUCUCUCUCUCUCUCUCUCUCUCUCUCUCUCUCUCUCUCUCUCUCUCUCCUCACCCCAUCCUUUCUCCUCACUCUGUCACUCCCCAACCUCCUCCUCUUAGAGCACUGUUUAUCAGUAUCACCUGCUGUAGGGAGUCUCAAAGAAUAAACUGCAUACAAUAGAAGCCUCUCAGAUGCGGUGUGUGUGUUAGUGAGGAGGGUGCCUCAGCACAGCUCAUUUGUGUUGCUUAGCUGUACAUCAGUGUCAUCCACCCAAACACACACUAUCUCAAUCUGUCUUUCUCUUUCACACCCACGCACACACUGCGCUCGCACACACACACACACACUCGCUCUCUUUUAACACACAUGCGUUGUGCGCAGUGCACACACUGCACACACACAUACACCGAACACAGCAGUAGCUGCUAGAACCAUGUGGUAUAUACAGUUGAAGUCGGAAGUUUACAUACACUUAGGUUGGAGUCAUUAAAACUUGUUUUUCAACCACUCCACAAAUUUCUUGUUAACAAACUAUAGUUUUGGCAAGUCGGUUAGGACAUCUAAUUUGUGCAUGACACAAGUAAUUUUUCCAACAAUUGUUUACAGAGAUUAUUUCACUUAUAAUUCACUGUAUCACAAUUCCAGUGGGUCAGAAGAACUUUGUUUAAAAGGCAAAGUUGACUGUGCCUUUUAAACAGCUUGAAAAUUCCAGAAAAUUAUGUAAUGGUUUUAGAAGCUUCUGAUAGGCUAAUUGACAUAAUUUGAGUCAAUUGGAGGGGUACCUGUGGAUGUAUUUCAAGGCCUACCUUCAAACUCAGUGCCUCUUUGCUUGACAUCAUGGGAAAAUCAAAAUAAAUCAGCCAAGACCUCAGGAAAAAAAUUGUAGACCUCCACAAGUCUGGUUCAUCCUUGGGAGCAAUUUCCAAACGGCUGAAGGUACCAUGUUCAUCUGUACAAACAAUAGUACUGUCACGGUUUCGGCCGAGGCUGCUUCUCCUCCUUGCUCGGGCAGACUUCGGCGGUCGUCGUCCCCGGAGUACUAGCUACCACCGUUGUAUGUUUUCGAUGUUCCUUUUGGUUUGUGUUUGUACCGUAGGACUUCACGUAUCGUUUGUUGUUUUGUUCGCUGUGGUGUACUAAAUAAAAUAUGUACGCAUCUCUUCAAGACGAUCGUGACAAGUACACAAGUAUAUACACAAUGGGACCACGCAGCCGUCAUACCACUCAGGAAGGAGACGCGCUCUGUCUCCUAGAGAUGAGCGUACUUUGGUGCGAAAAGUGCAAAUCAAUCCCAGAACAACAGCAAAGGAUCUUGUGAAGAUGCUGGAGGAAACAGGUACAAAAGUAUCUAUAUCCACAGUAAAACGAGUCCUAUAUCGACAUAACUUGAAAGGCCGCUCAGCAAGGAAGAAGCCACUGCUCCAAAACCGCCGUAAAAAAGCCAGACUACGGUUUGCAACUGCACAUGGGGACAAAGAUCGUACUUUUUGGAGAAAUGUCCUCUGGUCUGAUGAAACAAAAAUAGAACUGUUUGGCCAUAAUGACCAUCGUUAUGUUUGGAGGAAAAAGGAUAUGGCUUGCAAGCUGAAGAACACGAUCCCAACCGUGAAGAACGGGGGUGGCAGCAUCAUGCUGUGGGGGUGCUUUGCUGCAGGAGGGACUGGUGCACUUCACAAAAUAGAUGGCAUCAUGAGGAAGGAAAAUUAUGUGGAUAUAUUGAAGCAAAAUCUCAAGACAUCAGUCAGGAAGUUAAAGACAAUGACCCCAAGCAUACUUCCAAAGUUGUGGAAAAAUGGCUGAAGGUCAACAAAGUCAAGGUAUUGGAGUGGCCAUCACAAUGCCCUGACCUCAAUCCUAUAGAAAAUUUGUAAGAUGAACUGAAAAAGCGUGUGCGAGCAAGGAGGCCUACAAAACUGACACAGUUACACCAGCUCUGUCAGGAGGAAUGGGCCAAAACCCAACUUAUUGUGGGAACGUUGUGGAAGGCUACCCGAAACGUUUGACCCAAGUUAAACAAUUUAGAGACAAUGCUACCAAAUACUAAUUGAGUGUAUGUAAACUUACGACCCACUGGGAAUGUGAUGAAAGAAAUAAAAGCUGAAAUAAAUCAUUCUCUCUACUAUUAUUCUGACAUUUCACAUUCUUAAAAUAAAGUGGUGAUCCUAACUGACCUAAAACAGGGAAUAUUUACUAGGAUUAAAUGUCAGGAAUUCUGAAAAACUGAGUUUAAAUGUAUUUGGCUAAGGUGUAUGUAAACUUCCGACUUCAACUGUAUGCCCAUUCAUGACUGAGCAAAAACAUCUGUAUCGCAGUAUUUUUUCCAUAGCAAAAAUGUAAACACGAAACAGAUCAAACUCUUUGGUCCUUUAAAAACAUGCUGUAUGUAAAAUAUUGUGCUAUAGCUUGGAAAAUAAAUACAUGUGGAUGACAACAUAUUGAUGUUUGUUUUCAACAUUAAGGCUCCUCCACCAUUUCAGCUAGUUUAGCCACCUAGCAUUAGCCUGUAUCUCAUUAUUACAACAAUGUCUAUGAGUCAGCUCCCAUAUUAUUAUUAUUAUUACCAUUCUAAUUCACAAGCACUGUGUUAGCAUAGCGCUUAGCGGUCAGCGUGCCAUCCAUCCAUCCACAGACAUUGUCACGUCUCCUCCCGUUGCUCCCCUCCGGUGCUCUGAUUACCCGGUCUACUGAGCCACCGGUCUGAGCGCACCUCCUCAGCAACACCGGAAUGGAAACCCAACGCACCCUAAUCACCUCCAGGGCACCUGCACCUCAUCAUCUCAUCACCACCCCUAUUUAGCCCUGGACUGUUCUGUAUGAUGUUGUGUGUGAUUGUUAAGCGUCGUGUCGUUUACUCUCUCGUUGUUAUUCUCUUUCUCAUUAUUAAGUAAACCUUGACCUUGUUAAUUCCUGCGUCUGCGUCCUGCCUCUUCGUAUAUCAGUACUCGUCACAGAAUCAAACACCAUGAAAAUGGAUGCAGCAGGAGUUUCCCAGUGCCUCGACCAGUACCAGCAGCAGCUUGCCCAGUUAAACGCCACCAUGCAGAUAGUGCUCCAAACUCUGCAUAAUCUGCCCAGCACUCCGGUUCCACCUCAGGGAGCGGCGAGUUGUCCAAUCCACCUGUUCCCGUGCUAUCACCCACUUCUGCGGGAACCCUCGCCCUACCGGAGCGCUAUGACGGUAAAACUACUAAAUGUAGCGGCUUCCUGCUACAGGUUUCACUUUACCUGGCACGUCAGCCUGGGGCAUAUCCAUCUGACCAAGCCAGGAUAGCGCUGGUGAUUUCGCUACUUAAAGGAAAGGUGCUGGAUUGGGCCACGGCAGUCUGGGAAGGAGAGGAGGCAGUGGCGCUUCCCUACCCCACCUUCCUCGCUCGGUUCAGGGCGGUGUUUGACCAUCCCACGGAGGGAAAGGACAGGGGUGAGCGUCUCCUCCAUCUACAACAGAGAGAGGGGCCCACGUCCGAGUACGCUCUGAGCUUUCGCACGGUGGUGGCGUCUUCCGGCAGGAAUGAGCGCGCUCUACGCACGGCCUUCCAGAGAGGCUUACGGGAGGACAUUAAGACGGAACUCGCAUGUCGGGACGACGAGAUAGACCUUUAUACCCUCAUCACCACGUCCAUCCGUCUUGACGACAUGUUGAGAGAGAGACAGCAUUCCCAACACCUCCCGGAGCCUCGACGCUCACCCCAUCUGAGCUAUGGAAGCCGCCCUGCUUCCGAGUCCUCACCCAUGGAGGUGGGCAGCACCCCCUACACCACCACGGACCACAGAUCUCCUGGCGGCUCCCUAUCUAGGCGGUAUGACUCCCGUCGCCGCUCCGUGAGUGUGACGUCAUCUCCUAUCACAAAACCAUUGUUUUUAGUUCCCAUAACGGUGACUGGUUAUUCCUUCUCUUCCAUCUCUACUGCAAUGAUAGAUUCCAGAUCAGUGGGGAACCUUAUAGAUAGGGAGCUGGUCUCUGAAUGGGGGUUGCCCACCGUGCUACUGCCUUCUCCGCUACACGUCACCUCAGUAGACAAUAAACCCCUUGGAUCAGGCACCAUAACGCACGUCACUCUCCCCAUCACCAUCACCAUUCCCACACUACCGGAGCACCACGAGGAGCUGUCAUUCCACAUCGUCACGUCACCCCUUCACGGAUUGACUUGGGAUUGCCCUGGCGCAGACUACACAACCCCAUCAUCAAUUGGAUCACCAAGAGGAUCACAGCCUGGUCCACCUCAUGCCGGAAGACCUGCCUGCCGGUGGAUUGUUGUUCCACGUCAGUGGAGAGUCCGAAGUCCGCCCUCCAGCCCAACAUUCCACGUGAUUAUGCAGAUCUCUCCGAUGUCUUGUCUUCAUCAAAGGCUACGUGUCUCCCUCCUCACAGGCCCUGGGACUGUGCCAUUGACUUGCUGGAGGGACACCACCCCCCGAAGAGUCGCAUUUACCCCCUUUCCAUGGCGGAGACUGAGGCCAUGGAGAAGUAUGUGGCGGAGACCCUGAAACGGGUUCAUCAGACGCUCUACCUGUCCUGCCUCCGCCAGCUUCUUCUUCCUGGCCAAAAAUGACGGAGGACUGAGACCAUGCAUUGACUACAGGAGGCUGAACGCAGUCACUACCAAGUACCGGUACCCCCUCCCUCUGGUUCCGUCGGCCAUCGAGCAGCUACGAGGGGCCCGGUACUUUACCAAGUUUGACCUGAGGAGUGCCUACAACCUGAUUGAAUCCGGGAAGGAGACGAGUGGAAGACGGCAUUCAGCACUACCUCAGGCCACUAUGAAUACUGCGUCAUGCCCUGCGGCCUCGCCAACACACCUUCUGUGUUCCAGUCCUUCGUCAAUGACGUGCUCCGGGACAUGCUGAGUAGACAGGUGGUGGUGUACAUCGACGAUAUCCUGAUCUACUUGGCUACGUUCGAGGAGCACGUCAGGGACGUCCGAGCUGUCCUACUCCGCCUCCGGGAACACAGCCUGUUGGUGAAGGGGGAGAAAUUAAAAUUCCACCAACAGGCCAUCUCCUUCCUGGGAUACAGGAUCAGUCCUCAGGGGGUGUUCAUGGAAGGAGUGAAGACGGACGCCGUCAGGUCAUGGCCAGUCCCCACCACCAAGGGCCUACAGAGCUUCCUGGGCUUCGCCAAUUUCUAUCGGCGUUUCAUCUGGUCCUUCAGCUCCAUAGCCGCCCCGCUCACCUCUAUCCUUAAGGGUGGGCCUCAGAAGCUGGCCUGGAACCCUGAGGCUGACGCUGCAUUCAAGAGGCUGAAGGAGAGGUUCACCACAGCGCCCAUCCUAAAACACCCAGAUCCAUCUCGUCCUUUCAUCCUGGAGGUGGACACAUCGGAGGAGGGCGUGGGUGUGGUCCUCUCCCAGCAGCACGGUAAGCCAGAGAAAAUGUAUCCCUGUGCCUUUUUCUCUAAAAAGCUACCCCCACAGAGAGGAACUAUGGAGUUGGAGACAGGGAGCUGUUGGCAGUGGUCCUCGAUCUGGAGAAAUGGAGACACUGGCUGGAGGGCGCAGUCAAUCCAUUCCGGAUUCUUACUGAUCACCGGAAUUUGGAGCACAUACGGGCAGCGAAACGGAUGAACUCUCGUCAAGCCAGGUGGGCCCAAUUUCUUACUCGCUUUCAAUUAAUUCUGUCCUACCGCCCAGGAUCCCAGAAUGUGAAAGCCGACACACUCUCCAGGAUGCACCAUACCGGAGAAAGGAAGGAUCUGCGGGGUCCUAUCCUGCCCUCGUCUCUCAUCGUUGCACCUGUCGUUAGGGAUGUGGACGAAGACAUCCGCCUGGCGGGGUACUGUCACGUCUCCUCCCGUUGCUCCCCUCCGGCGCUCUGAUUCGCCAGUCUACUGAGCCACCGGUCUGAGCGCACCACCUCGGCAACACCGGAAUGGAAACCCAACGCACCCUAAUCACCUCCAGCGCACCUGCACCUCAUCAUCUCAUCACCACCCCUAUUUAGCCCUGGACUGUUCUGUAUUGUGUUGUGUGUGAUUGUUAAGCGUUGUGUCGUUUACUCUCUCGUUGUUAUUCUCUUUCUCAUUAUUAAGUAAACCUUGACCUUGUUAAUUCCUGCGUCUGCGUCCUGCCUCUUCGUAUAUCAGUACUCGUCACAGACAUAGACAGAUACAGACAGAGCUAAACCACACCCAUUAAGGACGGCUUGUUGUUUCCAAGCGAAUUAAAUCAUGAAUAAAACAUAGCUGACACACACUCUUGUCACACACACAAAACAACACACACACUGUUGUUCAUAUAAACACACACCUGUUUAAAUAAGCAUACACAUCUGCUCACAAACACACACACACACACUCCCUUUCCCAGGCUCAUUGAUUCUGAAUGGGCCACUCAUACAGACCACUCAUACAGUUUUCAUAUUGUCUCUCCCCCUCUGACUAUGAAUGGACACCCUUGGAAAUGAGUCCAUGUUUUUGUUUCCUUAUUGUCUUGUCAGCCUCAUAUGAGCUCACAAUGACAAAACACCUGCUAGUAGUGUUAACCAGGGGAUCGUUUAGCAUUUAAAUAUUAAUGUUGUUUUGGUUGCUUGCUGCCCAUGUUGCCUUCCUCCAUAAGGCCUGGAAAGAAUAAACAGAGAUGGUAGUCUAUACAACGUUCUAAUGGGAUCUGGUAUAAACAUAUUGCAGUAUCACAUACGCCGUAAGUUUAUACAUGCAUCGUCUUAUUUAUAGUAUUUAGGGCCAGGAGUAAUUUUUUUCUGGAUCCUUGUUAUAGCUACAAGAAGUUUCAAUCGUUUUUUUCCUAAACAAGUUUUGACUUGUAACAAGGGUUUUUACUGACCAUGUGACCUGACUUCAGACAGUAGAAGCUGAGAUGUGAUGUGGCCUUAGAGAAUGUAGUGUUGACUGAUGGGCUACAGAGAGUAGUGAUAUCUGUUUGUUUGUCUGUCUGCCUUUCUGUCUGUCUGUCUGUCUGUCUGUCUCUGUCUGUCAGAGAGCCUCUUACAUUGAGCUGCAGGGUGUCUCGGUAAGAACAGUAUGGCGGCAUGUUAGUGGUUGUCACGACAACCUGCUGUGUGAUGAUUUGAAGGGUGUGCCGUCAUGACAACACUUCAGAAUGACAGUUUGAGGAGACUUUGAGAAGAUAGAGAUAGUUGUGUGUGUGCGAGUGUGUGUGUGUGUGUGUGUGUGCGAGCAAGCGUGUGUGUGUGUCUUCAGAUGUAUUACACUUGAAGUUUGAGGCAGUUCAAGGAUGCCUGGGUCAUUCCACGAAAAGAGUGCCUUUUGCAUCCAUUUGAUAAUAUUAUUUUAAGUAGAAAUUGUGCACCAAUAUUGAAUUUUUACAAGGCUGUUAUAUUAAAGGCCAAUCCGCAAUUGAAAAAAUAACAAAGCAAAUCCCGCCACUGUUUCGGUAAAGAGGCUAUAUAGUGUUCGUCUACAUUUACCUUCUUUAAAAACAUUGGAGUAGAACAAGCUUAUAUUUGGGUUCUGAUGGGUUACGAGAGUUAAACUAAGCUCAUGAGGCAUAAAAUAAGUGAUAUUCUUCAAGAAUCAAUGGGUACAUGUCAUUAAUUUAUAAGUCCAAAAAUGUAUGUACCAAACGCUGAUUGCUCCUUUAAAUGAAGUGCCCUUUAAUAAAGACCACAUUAUAAUUUUUUAUAUGAAAUGCUGAAAUGCCGAAAAAUUCUGCAAAUGGACAUGUCCUCUGUGCACCCUCUGUGACUUUCUCCACGUUUUCACCAUCAUUGCAAAGCCCUAGGCCUAGUUAUUUUUUUUGCUUUGACAAAGUCAUUUUUGCUCUAACAUGCACUGUCAACUGUGGGACCUUAUAUAGACGUGUGUGCAUUUCCAAAUCAUGUCCAAUGAAUUAAUUUACUACAGGUGGACUCCUAUCAAGUUGUAGAAACAUCUCAAGGAUGAUCAAUGGAAACAGGAUGAAACUGAGCUCAUGUCACGCCCUGGCCUACAGAACUCUAGCUAGUUUGGUCAGGGUGUGAAUAUUCUAGAUAUUUGAAAACUCAUGUAAUUUACAGUACAGUUAUACCCUGGGUUGUCCUGAACAGAAUGAGCUUAUUUACAUAAUUUAGCAGACGCUCUUAUCCAGAGCAACUUACAGUUUUAGUGAGUGCAUACCGUGGGAAUCGAAUCCACAACCCUGGCGUUGCAAGCGCCAUGCUCUACCAACUGAGCUACAGGAGGCCGUAUUGUGAAAAUUCGCAGCGGAACACGCACUUUAAUGCACUCAUGACUCCAUUCUAUGCGCACAAAAAUUACAAUCUGUUUGUCUGAAGUGCCUUUUGAAAGCCUAACUGUAAGAUCAUAUUUUAUAACUUAGCUAGCCAAGUUGGCAAUAGAAUAAGCUUUCAAAUGAUGCCCACCUGACCCAAAUUGCGAUUUAUAAUGGAACGUUUUUGGAUUGUGUAAACAACAACAGUAAUUGUGUGAUGGUGGGGACGCAGGGCUGUGAUCCAAACAAAAAACGACAUGUGUGCUUGCUUCAGUUCCUCAAUGGCAAAGCUAGGAUACCUAAAAGAAUAGCACCUUAGUUGAUGUCUCUUUCCUUGAGUCAUAAAAGUGCAUUGAAAUUACUUAGGAACUGUUGCACACAAGUUAGACCUCUCACUCAAACCCUUGUAAUAGUUUUUUCUUAUCUUGCACCUACUCCAAAAUGUCAAUGAAUAUUCAUAUUAUGCUACUAAAUGUAUCCAGAGUAUUUUCUUUAUUGACAAAUGCUGUGAAAAGUAUAGUAAAUAUAAAAUCAACAGUGUAAUGUUUGUAUUCAGUCUUGUGUCAGGUGAGCUGUUGUGUCCUCACCUUUGGUCUGAUAAUUUCCCCAUAAUUGUCACGCCCUGGCUCUGGGGACUAUGUUAUGUUGAGCCAGGGUAUGUAAGUCUAUGUUUGUAUAUCUAUGUGGGCCUGAGUGACUCCCAAUCAGAGGCAACGAGUGUCAGCUGGUUGUCUCUGAUUGGGAGCCAUAUUUAACUAUCGGUCUUUUCACUUUGUGUUGUGGUUUCUUGUUCCGUUAAGGUUUGUUCGUGUUGUAACCUUAGACGUCACGCAUCGUUGGUUAUUGUUUUGAUCGUGUGAUCAGUUAAUAAAUAUAUAUUAUGUUCACCUUCAACGCUGCGCAUUGGUCCUCUCUCGUAGACGAUCGUGACAGAAGAAACCACCAGAACUGGACCAAGCAGCCUAGUGAGGAGCAGAGUAGGUGGACUUGGCAACAGUGGAGGCAGAGCUUCGACUGGGUCAAGCCGAAUGAGGAGCUGAAUGACGGAGAUUGGAAGCAGAGGAGCGAGAGGUGGGCGAGAAUUAUCGAGGCCUGGCCCACGGGGAAGAGAGACUCCCAGAAAUUUUUUAGGGGGGGGGGGCUCACGACGUCGGACCAGCAGGAGGCCGCGAUAGAGCGGCCCAGUGGGUUGCCAGAGGAGGCCGCCAGGUUACGGGGGCCACUGGUCGAAGAGGGGAUGGAGGAUGUAGAGGCACGGCGAGAGGUACUGGCGUGUGUUGCCAGUCCGGUCCGGCCCGUUCCAGAUCCCGGUGUAGGGCCAGUGGUGUGUGUCCCCAGUACGGUCCGGUCUAUUCCUGCUCCCCGCACCAAGUCAGGGGUGCGCAUCGUCAGCCCGGUUCGGCCCGUUCCUACUCCACGCACCAAGCCUACGGUGUGCGUCGACAGCCCAGCCCGGCCCGUUCCUGCUCUCCGCACCAAGUCUGUGGUGCGCGUCGCCAGCCCAGUCCGGCCCAUCCAAGCUCCCCGCACCAAGCCAGUGGUGUGCGUCGUCAGUCCGGCACGGCCCGUGCCUGCUCUCCGCACCAAGUCUGUGGUGCGUUUCGUCAGCCCUGUCCGGCCCGUUCCUGCUCUCCGCACCAAGUCUGUGGUGCGCGUCGCCAGCCCAGUCCGGCCCAUCCAAGCUCCCCGCACCAAGUCAGGGGUGCGCUUCGUCAGCCCGGUCCGGCCCGUUCCUGCUCCCCGCACCAAGUCAGUGGUGUGCUUCGUCAGCCCAGUCCGGCCUGUCCCUGCUCCACGCACCAAGCCUACGGUGUGCGUCGUCAGCCUGGUAAGGCCCGUUCCUCCUCCACGCACCAAGCCAGGGGUGCGCGUCGUCAGUCCAGCACAACCCGUGCCUGGGUCAUGUCCGGAGCCGGAUCCGCCGCCGAGGCGGAGUGCCCACCCGGUCCCUCCCCUGUUGUGGUUGUUUGGCGCGGUCGGAGUCCGCGCCUUUGGGGGGGGGUACUGUCACGCCCUGGCUCUGGGGACUAUGUUAUGUUGAGCCAGGGUAUGUAAGUCUAUGUUUGUAUAUCUAUGUGGGCCUGAGUGACUCCCAAUCAGAGGCAACGAGUGUCAGCUGGUUGUCUCUGAUUGGGAGCCAUAUUUAACUAUCGGUCUUUUCACUUUGUGUUGUGGUUUCUUGUUCCGUUAAGGUUUGUUCGUGUUGUAACCUUAGACGUCACGCAUCAUUGGUUAUUGUUUUGAUCGUGUGAUCAGUUAAUAAAUAUAUAUUAUGUUCACCUUCAACGCUGCGCAUUGGUCCUCUCUCGUAGACGAUCGUGACAAUAAUCUCCAAAGUGUUCUCUUUCAAUUGCUACCAUGGUCAUGCAUCCAGAUGUAGGAUCUUAAUUUGAUCACUCUUUUGUUGAUGAGUAUUCAAGUUUUAAAACGGCAUCUAAAGUUUGUUAUUUCCACUUUAACAUUUCAGACUUGAUUUGCCCUAAUUUAAAAUGUAUCAAUCCUUACAAAAAUAAUAUAAUCCACAUAAUAAUUCACAUUUCCUUUUGCUGCAGGAUUAUUUUCCUGCUGUAGCAAAUUAGCUCAAAUUAAGAUCCUACAUCUGUAUGCUUUUUAUAGUUUUUCUGUUAGAAACAUUUCAAUUUGUCCCUAUCCAUAUAGGCCAAUUUCCACGAGUGUAAGGGGUUAAUUUUAUAGUAAUUUUUUACUGUACAUGUAUGUAAAAAGUUGCACUUCUUAAAAGGCACCGAAUUAGUGGAACGACCCAUCUGAAGAGGAUUUAAAGGCUUAUGGGAGUAAAGCUUGGAUCACAAGGCUGACUGGUGUUGAAUAAAAGUAUAUAUGGCAUCCUGGCAGAGUCAGUGUUAGUUCUUCAAACACACACACGAUUUCUACACCUCAAACCUGGAACAGGACUGACAAAUACAGCGAUGAAAAUAAAGUGAGGGUCAAGUCCUGGGGGCCUGGGCAGCCAGACGCUAUGGUGGUUUUGUCUGUUUGUUUACAUUUACAUUACAUUUUAGUCAUUUAGCAGACACUCUUAUCCAGAGCAACUUACAGUUAGUGAGUGCAUACAUUAUUUUAUUUUUUUAAUGUUAUACUGGCCCCCGUGGGAAUCAAACCCACAACCCUGGCGUUGCAAACGCCAUGCUCUACCAACUGAGCUACCUCCCUGCCAGCCAGCCAUUCCCUCCCCUACCCUGGACCAAUUGUGCGCUGCCCCAUGGGUCUCCCGGUCGCGGCCAGCUACGACAGAGCCUGGAUUUGAACCAGGAUCUCUAGUGGCACAGCUAGCACUGCGAUGCAGUGCCUUAGACCACUGCGCCACUCGGGAGAGUUUACCAUGAUUGACUCCACACGCUCACACGCACACAAUCCUAACCUAAACCAUUAGUGGGGGAAAAUGCAAAACUGACCUGAGAUCAGCAUCUAGGGGCAACUUCAUCCUACACCAGAAUAACUAAGAGAGUGGUGUAGAUAAGAUAAGGACCUGUGUUAAGACCUCUCUGUGUUCUGUGUAAGAGGAGUAACUGAUUUAGGGUCUGUUUUUCUGAGAGCACUGAGCAGAAUGCAGGUUCAGCAGUGACAGUGUAGGGCUGUGUGUUUGACAGAGCGGUAUUGAUCAGCCGUGUGUGUGUGUCUCGUACUGUCAGCAGUAGCAGAGGUAGCUGAUCCAAGCUCCUUUAUUUUAGCCUUCCCUCAUUCAUCCAUCUCCAGUAUUCGCCGGGACGUAGUUGACACGGAGGCUGAAUCUCACAAACAUACACACACACUCACACCAGCCAUCCUUCACCCUUAACCCUUUACACUUGUGGGAAUUGUCCUAUAUGGAUAGGGCUAAAUUGAAAUGUUUCUUACUGAAUAAAUAUGAUAAGCAUGGUAGCAAUUAAAAAAUAUGGUAGCAAUUAAAUCUCUUUGGAGAUUAUGAGGACAUUUUCAGACCAAAGGUGAGGACACAACAGUUCACCGGACACAAGCCUGAAUCCAAACAUUACACUGUUGAUUUUAUAUGCUUUUUACAUUUACUGUACUUUUCGCAGCAUUUGUUGAUAACUGAGAAUACUCUGGAUACAUUCAGUAACAUAAUAUGAAUGUUCCUGGAAAAUUUGGGGUAGGUGCAACAUAAGACAAAACAAUGAUAAGGGUUUGAGUGAGAGGUCUAACUGGUGUCUCCAAGUGGCCACACACCUCUCCAAAGUGUGCACAGUUCCUAAAUAAUUUCAAUGCACUUUAAUGACUCAAGGAAAGAGCUUUCUUGUCUGGUUACCCAUCCACAUCGCUCCAGCCAACUGAUGUUUCUUCUCCACCAUGAGUCUGGAUUUGCCUGCCUCCCCAACGAUUUCUAGAAUGUGAACAGAUUCUGACCGUUCUGAUUGGUUCCAGAAACUGAUGGGUUUGACCAGAGCCGGCCUACAAGAUGAUGUUAUCAACUUUGCUACUCUGAUUGAUUAGAUUUGUUAGACACGAUCCAAUCGCUGAUUCAUUUGUUUUGUACAACGUCCCUCAUUUUGAAGUCACACAAACGACUUCUAGGAUGGCAGUUUCAGACUGAAUGUACACUACCGGUCAAACGUUUGGGGUCACUUAGAAAUGUCCUUGUUUUCCAUGAAAACAUACAUGAAAUGAGUUUGAAUAGAAAAUAUAGCAAAAUGAAUAUGAAAUGUAGUCAUUGACAAGGUUAGAAAUAAUGGUUUUUAAUUGAAAUAAUAAUUGUGUCCUUCAAACUUUGCUUUCGUCAAAGAAUCCUCCAUUGGAGUCCAGAAUGGAGUCAUUCAGGUGCAUGUUUCACGACUAAUUUUCUUCACAAUAGAGCUCUCCAGUUUGUAGUCCUAAAAACCUUAUACAUUUUGUUCUAUGAGAUAAUAUCAGGCGGUUAACAUGACCUUUAUGAGUUAUUAAGGCUUUAUGUGCUUAUUUUGAUUACAUAAAUGCUUCAAAAUUCACAACAAGUGACAUUAGCUGAUGAAGAUGAUCUCAUAGAACAAAACAUAUAAGAUCUCCUAAGCUCGUACCCCUGCACAUUGACUCUGUACUGGUACUCCCUGUAUAUAGCCUCAUUAUUGUUUUUAUUGUGUUACUAUUUUCUGUGUUACUAUUUCCUGAUUGCCUAGUCACUUUUACCCCUACCCACAUGUUCAUACUGUAUUACCUCAACUACAAAGGAGAUGAUCGUGGACUACAGGAAAAGGAGGGCCCGAACAGGCCCCCAUUAACAUUGACGAGGCUGUAGUGGAGCGUGUCGAGAGUUUCAAGUUCCUUGGUGUCCACAUCACCAACAAACUAUCAUGGUCCAAACACACCAAGACAGUCGUGAAUAGGGCACGACAACACCUUUUCCCCCUCAGGAGACUGAAAUGAUUUGGCAUGGGUCCCCAGAUCCUCAAAAAGUUCUACAGCUGGUAUGUCCGCCUGGUAUGGCAACUGCUCGGCAUCUGACCGUAAAGCGCUACAGAGGGUAGUGCGUACGGACCAGUACAUCACUGGGGCCAAGCUUCCUGCCAUCCAGGACCUAUAUACUAGGCGUGUCAGAGGAAGGCCCAAAAAAUGGUCAAAGAUUCCAGUCACCCUAGUCAUAGACUGUUCUCUCUGCUAUCGCACGGCAAACGGUACCGGAGCGCCAAGUCUAGGUCCAAAAGGCUCCUUAACAGCUUCUACCACCAAGCUAUAAGACUGCUGAACAAUUAAUCAAAUGGCCACCUGUACUAUUUACAUUGACCCCCCCCCCCCCCCCCCCUUGUUUUUACUCUGCUGCUACUCGCUGUUUACUAUCUCGCUGUUUGCAGUCACUUUACCCCUACCUACAUGUACAAAUUACUUUGACUAACCUGUACCCCGCACAUUGACUCGGUACCGGUACCCCCCUGUAUAUAGGCUCUGCACUGAGGCUAGGAAACACUAUUACCACCGAUAAAUCUACAAUAAUCGAGAAUUUCAACAAGCAUUUUGCUACGGCUGGCCAUGCUUUCCACCUGGCUACCACUACCCCGGCCACCAACUCUGCACCCUCCGCUGCAACUUGCCCAUGCCCCCCCCCGCUUCUCCUUCACACAAAUUCAGACAGCUGAUGUUCUGAAAGAGCUGCAAAAUCUGGACCCCUACAAAUCAGCUGGGCUAGACAAUCUGGACCCUUUCUUUCUAAAACUAGCCGCCUAAAUUGUCGCAACCCCUAUUACUAGCCUGUUCAACCUCUCUUUCGUAACGUCUGAGAUCCCCAGAGAUUGGAAAGCUGCCGCGGUCAUCCCCCUCUUCAAAGGGGGUGACACUCUAGAUCCAAACUGUUACAGACCUAUAUCCAUCCUGCCCUGCCUUUCGAAAGUAUUUGAAAGCCAAGUUAACAAACAGAUCACCAACCAUUUCGAAUCCCACCGUACCUUCUCCGCUAUGCAAUCCGGUUUCCGAGCUGGUCAUGGGUGCACUUCAGCCACGCUCAAGGUCCUAAACGAUAUUAUAACCGCGAUCGAUAAUAGACAGUACUGUGCAGCCGUCUUCAUCGACCUGGCAGACUAAAUAGCCUUGGUUUCUCAAAUGACUGCCUCGCCUGGUUCACCAACUACUUCUCAGAUAGAGUUCAAUGUGUGAAAUCGGAGGGCCUGUUGUCUGGACCUAUGGCAGUCUCUAUGGGGGUGCCACAGGGUUCAAUUCUUGGGCCGACUCUUUUCUCCGUGUAUAUCAAUGAUGUCGCUCUUGCUGCUGGUGACUCUCAGAUCCACCUCUACGCAGACGACACCAUUUUGUAUACAUCUGGCCCUUCAUUGGACACUGUGUUAACAAACCUCCAAACGAGCUUCAAUGCCAUACAACACUCCUUCAGUAGCCUCCAACUGCUCUUAAACACUAGUAAAACUAAAUGCAUGCUCUUCAAUCGAACGCUGCUGGCACCCGCCCACCCGACUAGAAUCACCACUCUCGACAGGUCUGACCUAGAGUAUGUGGACAACUACAAAUACCUAGGUGUCUGGUUAGACUGUAAACUCUCCUUCCAGACUCACAUUAAGAAUCUCCAAUCCAAAGUUAAAUCUAGAAUCGGCUUCCUAUUUCGCAACAAAGCCUCCUUCACUCAUGCUGCCAAACAUGCCCUCGUAAAACUGACUAUCCUACCGAUCCUUGACUUCGGCGAUGUCAUUUACAAAAUAGCCUCCAACACUCUACUCAGCAAAUUGGAUGUAGUCUAUCACAGUGCCAUCCGUUUUGUCUCCAAAGCCCCAUACACUACCCACCACUGUGACCUGUACGCUCUUGUUGGCUGGUCCUCACUACAUGUUCGUCGUCAAACCCACUGGCUCCAGGCCAUCUAUAAAUCACUGCUAGGCAAAUCCCCGCCUUAUCUUAGCUCAUUGGUCACCAUAGCAGCACCCACCCGUAGUCUGUGCUCCAGCAGGUAUAUCUCACUGGUCAUUCCCAAAGCCAACACCUCCUUUGGCCGCCAUUCCUUCCAGUUCUCUGCUGCCAAUGACUGGAACGAAUUGCAAAAAUCUCUGAAGCUGGAGACUCUUAUCUCCCUCACUAACUUUAAGCAUCAGUUGUCAGAGCACCUUACCGAUCACUGCACAUGUACACAGCCCAUCUGAAAUUAGCCCACCCAACUACCUCAUCCCUAUAUUGUUAUUUAUUUUGCUCUUUUGCACCCCAGUAUCUCUAUUUGCACAUAAUCUCUUGCACAUCUAGCAUUCCAGUGUUAAUACUAAUUGUAAUUAUUUGCACUAUAGCCUAUUUAUUGCCUUACCUCCAUAACUUGCUACAUUUGCACACACUGUAUAUAUAUUUUCUGUUGUAUUUUAUGACCUUAUGUUUUUUUUUACCCCAUAUGUAACUCUGUGUUGUUGUUUUUAUCGCACUGCUUUGCUUUAUCUUGGCCAGGUUGCAGUUGUAAAUGAGAACUUGUUCUCAACUGGCUUACCUGGUUAAAUAAAGGUGAAAUAAAAUGGUUAUGUAAUUUUAUUGUGUUACUUUUUUUCCAAUUCUUUAUUAUAGUUUAUUUAGUAAAUAUUUUCUUAACUCUAUUUCUUGAACUGAAUUGUUGGUUAAGGGCUUGUAAGUAAGCAUUUCACGGUAAGGUCUACACCUGUUGUAUUCUGCUUAUGUGACAAAUUUGAUUUGAUUUGGAUGAAUAUAAAAUGUUCGGCCGAAGGUAACUAAAAGAAAAUCUGCCUCUAAGACAAUUACUUGAAGAAUUUUAUGGAUGUUUUGUGUACAAAGGCGAUGACUAAAGUGUCUUAUUUGCUUCUUUUUUUAUUUGACUUCUCUUUGGGGCUGUCUAUGAAAAUUGUAUUUUUGCGCUUGACUUCAGCUAAACUGCAAUACCGGAGCGGGCCUGUAGGUGCAGUGAAAGCGUGCUUCCAGACCGGAACACUGGGGCCUUGUUCUCAACCCCUAUACGGGCUGGAGUGUAACGGGUUAAUGAGAGACUGAGACUUGCUGGGACUGACAGACACACUCCUCUUCCCUCUCCUUUUAUUCGCUCCUCUCCUCCUUCUUUCCCUUAUUUAGGCUACCUUCUCUCUCUUCACCUCUCUUUUCUUCCUUGUUUUGUCUCCUCUGAUUCCUCCCUCUCUCACAGUUUGUCUGUCUGUAACUCUCGCUGUUUGUCUGUCUGUCUCUCGCUCGCUCUCACUGUCGCUCUCUGACUCUCAUCUGUCUGCCGUCGUCUGUGUCUGUCAUUUUCUUUGUGUGUGUGUGUCUGUCUGUCGUUUUGUCUCUGUGUGUGUGUGUGUGACUGUGUCUGUGUCUGUGUGUGGUCACAGUGCUUUGCUUCAACAUAUGCUGUGUAGGAGCAGGGGCCAGGAGCGAGACCUGCAGGGGCGGGGCCUUCUGUCAACCUGGCAACUCUCCCUCAGCUCUCGCUCUGUGUGUGUGUGUGUGAGGGGAGGUUUUAGCCUGAUCCUGAUAUCUGCUGCCCUCAAAGGAACACAGUGCAUGAUGGGAAAGCUGAGCAGACAUAUCUAAUCACCUGCCAUGCCACGGGGAGAAACCUCUCUGUUUCACACACACACACUUGACACAACAUGGUUAAACCUAGCAAACGUGUCAUUACACACAUUCAACGACACACACUCAGCAUUAUUUUGCUGCCAUUUACUGUUCUCUAUUUCCACUGUGGGAAUGUGCUUCAGCUCUGUCCCCACCCUAUUGCUGCAGUAUCUCUCUCUUUCCCUCCCCUGGCCUCUCUCUCUCUCACACUCUUUCCUCCCAUGAUCCCCUCUCCCUCUAUCUCUCCCCCAUCUCUCUCUUCCUCUCUCUCGCUCUCCCCCCCCUUCUCCCUUCCUCUACCUUCAUCUCUCCCUCCCCAUAUCACCCCCUCUCUCUCUGUCCUCUCUCUCUCUCUGUCCUCUCUCUGUCCUCUCUCUCUUUCUGUCCUCUCUCUCUCUCUCUCUCUGUCCUCUCUCUGUACCCCUCUCUUUCUCUGUCCUCUCUCUCUGUCCCCCUCUCUCUCUCUGUCCCCUCUGUCUCUCUGUCCUCUCUCUCUAUAUGUCUCUCUCUCUCUCUGUCCCCCUCUCUCUCUCUGUCUAGUGAAUAAUAUAUGAUGUGCUGUAGGUACAGAGUGCUGCUUUCUCUGUCAGGAGAUGACUGGGAGGAGGAGGCUCUGUGUUAAUGUCUGUUUCUACUGCAAGUAUGUGUAUCUACUGAGAUUAUGUGUUUCUACUGCAAGUGUGUUUUUACUGAGUUGAUGUGUGUUUCUACUGCAAGUGUAUGUCUACAUUACAUUUUAAUACUGCAGAUCUUCCUUCCUGGUUCUCCCCUAUUUCACCAUCACUCACUCACUCACUCACUCACUCACUCACUCACACACACACACACACACACACACACACACACACACACACACACACCCUCUGCAGCAGUGUCAGUGCCAGUGUUAUAGAUCCUGUGGUGUGUGUGUGUGUGUGUGUGUGUGUGUGUGUGUGAAUGUAGUGGGAGCAGUGUGGACUGGUCUGGAUAAACAGGGAUUACAGGGAAACCGUUGAGCCCGGCCCAAUCUCUCCCUGCGCUCCAUCAAUCCUAUGUGUGUGUGCGUGCGAGUGUGUGCAAAGGCUCAAAUUCCUUCGUAGAUCGAUGCAGGCUGGGAUGAAGGAUUGAAGGAGUGUUGAUCUGAGGCUAUUUAAAGUUCUGCCUUGGCUCAGAGAACUCAAUAGACCUGAAGACAUUUUAGCUACCCAACCUCAUCUGACAUCACACUUUGGUUUGAAUACUAUUCAAAAUAAUUUCAAAUACUUUAUCUGGGCUUGAUUGAGCCUGCCUGGUGAAAUGGAAACAAUAGAAUAGUCCCAAAGCUGAAAACCUCACCCAACUGGCACUCCAGGCAGGCUAGAGCAAACGCUCAAAGUAUUUGUGGGAUUUUAAAAUAUUAAUUGAAUGAAUGUUCCUGAGUGGCUGAGUUACAGUUAUGACUUAAAUCUUCUUGAAAAUCAAUUUAAGUCAAAACUGUAACUAGGCCACUCAGGAACAUUCAAUGUCGUCUUGGUAAGCAGCUCCAGUGUAUAUUUGGCCUUGUGUUUUAGGUUAUUGCCCUGCUGAAAGAUGAAUUUGUAUCCCAGUCUGACCGUUGUUUGUUUCUUGCUGUGUUUUCUAUUUGUUUUAUGUAUUCAUGUGUGAGUUGUGCUUAGAUUCUGACAUAGACAAUACUCAAUGAAUAGGUUGUAUUAGAAAACAUUGAAGAUUAGGUUUUUGAGACUAUAUGGACAAUAAUUUCUCCUUCCUCCUGAAGUGUGCUCCCGUUCACAACUUUAAAAGCAGAUUCAAAAGCAUUGAAUUGGUGUUGGCAUGGGGGUCGUUCCAUAUGAUUUCACUUUCUGAUUGCACCCCUUUUGAUUGGAAUGAAACCUUCCAUACAUGUUUGCCCAUGGUAGAAGUGGUCAGAAAGGGACUUUUUGGACCUAAAUGCCAAAACAUUCAGGUGCUCAAAGUUAACCCAUUUUGCUUACCCAACCCUCCAUGAGACACCCAUGUCUUCAUCACUGAAAAAUAUAAACGGUUGAGUUUUAUAUCAUUUGAAAGCUUACAAACAGGAUUGUCAAACAAUUUGAUGAUUUAUUGAAAAAAAUGUUUUUUUAAUAAAUAAAAAAAGUCAUUUACAGUAAAUUAUCUAAAAAAGCGUCAACUCCGAUUUUUUUCAUUUUCAUAUAUGUUGUAGCGUCGUAUACCCUAUUUUACAUAAUCUGAUGUGUUUGAGUUGUGCCUACCAUCAGUUGAGACACAGCGUACUCUAGAAUAAAGGGUAGGUGUCACGUUUUGGUUAAUAAAUGUCUUAAAAUGUGAAUAAAAUUGAAGUUUCAACUUUCAAAUGGUACCACAAAGAUGGUGGGAGGUCCACACAUAAUGGGGGUGGGGCAUGCAAAAUGGGUCAACUUUGAGCACCUCUAUCUCCUGAAUUUUUUGGCAUUCAUGAAUGGAAGGUUUCGUUGAAAUCAAAAGGGGUGCAGUCAGAAAGUGAUUGAAAUCAUAUGGAAUGACCAAUGGGCUAGAGGGAGUUUCUAUAUACAGUGCAUAUAGAAAGUAUUCAGACCCCUUGAAUGGAUUAAAUAGUUUUUUCCCUCAUCAAUCUACACACAAUUCCGCAUAAUGACAGAGCAAAAACAGGUUUUUAGACAUUUUUGCAAAUGUAUGUAAAAUAAAUAAUAAUACUCAGUACUUUGUUGAAGCACCUUUGGCAGCGAUUACAGCCUCAAGUCUUCUAGGGUAUGGCGCUGCAAGCUUGGCGCACCUGUAUAUGGCGCUACAAGCUUGGCGCACCUGUAUUUGGGGAGUUUCUCCCAUUCGUCUAUGUAGAUCCUCUCAAGCUCUGUCAGGUUGGAUGGGAGCGUCGCUGCACAGCUAUUUUCAGGUUUCUCCAGAGAUGUUCGAUCGGGUUCAAGUCCGGGCUCUGGCUGGGCCACUCAAGGACAUUCAGAGACUUGUCCCGAAGCCACUCCUGCGUUGUCUUGGCUGUGUGCUUAGGGUCGUUGUCCUGUUGGAAGGUGAACCUUCGCCCCAGUCUGAGGUCCUGAGCGCUCUGGAGACGGUUUUCAUCAAGGAUCUCACUGUACUUUGCUCCGUUCAUCUUUCCCUCGAUCCUGAUAAAUGUUCCAGUCCCUGCCGCUGAAUAACAUCCCCACAGCAUGAUGCUGUCACCACCAUGCUUCACCAUAGGGACAAUUCCAGGUUUCCUCCAGACGUGAGGCUUGGCAUUCAGGCCAAAGAGUUCAAUCUUGGUUUCAUCAGACCAGAGAAGCUUGUUUCUCAUGGUCUGAGUGUCCUUUAGGUGCCUUUUGGCAAACUCCAAGCGGGCUGUCAUGUCCCUUUUACUGAGGAGUGACUUCCGUCUGGCCACUCUACCAUAAAGGCCUGAUUGGUGGAGUGCUGCAGAGAUGGUUGUCCUUCUGGAAGGAUCUCCCAUCUCCACAGAGGAACUCUGGAGGUCUGUCAGAGUGACCAUCGGGUUCUUGGUCACCUCCUUCUCCCCCGAUUGCUCAGUUUGGCCGGGCAGCCAGCUCUAGGAAGAGUCUUGGUGACUCCAAAUCUCUUCCAUUUAAGAAUGAUGGUGGCCACUGUGUUCUUGGGGACCUUCAAUGCUGCAGACAUUUUUUGGUACCCUUCCCCAGAUCUGUGCCUCGACACAAUCCUGUCUCGGAGCUCUACGGACAAUUCCUUCGACCUCAUGGCUUGGUUUUUGCUCUGACAUGCACUGUCAACUCUGGGACCUUAUAUAGACAUGUGUGUGCCUUUCCAAAUCAUGUCCAAUCAUUUGAAUUUACCACAGGUGGACUUCAAUCAAGUUGUAGAAACAUCUCAAGGAUGAUCAAUGGAAACAGGAUGCACUUGAGCUCAAUUUCGAGUCUCAUAGCAAAGGGUCUGAAUACUUAUGUAAAAAACGUAUUUAUGUUUAUAAUUUUUUAGUUAAUUAGCAAACAUUUCUAAAAACCUGUUUUCGCAUUAUGGGGUAUUGUGUGUAGAUUGAUGAGGGGGAAAAAAUAUUUAAUCAAUUUUAGAAUAAAGCUGUAACGUAACAAAAUGUGGAAAAAGUAAAGUGGUCUGAAUACUUUCUGAAUGCGCUGUAUAUUGUGGAGUGACACUUAAAUAAAUUUUUCUAACUAGAACUUGUGUCUCCAUUAGUAACACCUGUGUUUGGCAUGGGGCACUGCAUGCCAGCUUUGUCUGUGUGCCAGCCAAGUCUCCAACCCUCCCUCUCUCCAUCUCUCUCUCCAUCUCUCUCUUUCUCUCUCUCUCCCUCUCUAUCUCUCUCCUUCCUUCCUCCCCAUCUCUUUCGCCAACCCUCCCAUCUCUCUCACUCUCUCCCCCUCUCUCUCCAUCUCUCUCUCCCUCUCUCUCUCUCUCUCUCUCUCUCUAUCUAUCUUUCCCCCCCUCUCCCUCCAACCCUCUACCUCCCUCCCUCCCUUUCUCCAGUCUCUCAUGUUAACAAUAGUAGCUGUUCAGAUCUAAUGAUGUUCUAGUAGUAGAGCCAGUCAGUGUUAAAUAUCACCCCUCCUGUGCCUUUUAACACUCACUGAAUGGAGGUUGGGAUUUAUUACCUUGGCAAUGCCAUUUUGUACAUUUUAAAAGGCCUCAGAAAAUGUCUCUUGCUCUCUUUUUUCUCUCUCUUUCUCUAAUUACCAUCCAUAUUGAUAUAUUUCUCUAGGUGUGUUGUGUUCUGUAGCACUUUGCUUGACUAUACAUGUUUUCUGAUUUUAGAACUUCCAGGCCCUCCCAAGGCAGCCAGUGCAGAUCACUAAGAAGCAGUAUGUUCAAGGUACAGUUAAUCACACAACACACACAUACAAAGUCAAAUCCAGCCUCAUAAUGCAUUAUGCACAGCCUCUCUAUACAUUCAAGGUAAAACAAAUCACCCCUCCCACACACACGCACGCACACAAACACACACACACGCUGAUCUUAAGUUUUUUUGUACAGGCUUCCUACUUUUCACUCUUGUCAUUUAGGUUAGUAUUGUGGACUAACUACAAUGUUGUUGAUCCAUUCUCAGUUUUCUCCUAUCACAGCCAUUAAACUCUGUAAAUAUUUUAAAGUCACCAUUGGCCUCAAUCCCUGAGCAGUUUCCUUCCUCUCCGGCAACUGCGUUAGUGACUAUGUGUAUUGAUACACCAUCCAAAGUGUAAUUAAUAACUUUACCAUGGUCAAAGGAAUAUUCAAUGUUUUUUUUGUUUGUUUUUUUUACCCUUCUACCAAUAGGUGCCCUCCUUUGUGAGGCAUUAGAAAAUCUCCUUGGUCUUUGUGCUUGAAUCUGUAAAAUGCGCUGCUCAACUGAGAGACUUUACAGAUAAUUGUAUGUGUGGGGUACAGAGAGGAGGUAGUCAUUCAAAAAUCAUGUUAAACACUAUGAGUCCAUUCAGCUUAUCAUGUGGCCUGUUAAGCAAAUGUUGAUUCCUGAACUUAUUUUGGCUUGCUGUAACAAAGGGGUUGAAUACUUAUUGUUUCAAGACAUUUCAGCUUUUCAUUUGUAAAAAAAAAUCCUAAACAUUCCACUUUGACAUUAUGCGGUAUUGUGUGUGGGCCAGUGUCACAAAAUCUCAAUUUAAUCCAUUUCAAAUUCAGGCUGUAACACAACAAAAUGUGGAAAAGUAAUGUGAAUACUUUCUGUAGACACUGUAGCCAAGGUAUCAUUACUCAUUAUGUAUUUAUUCCUUGUGUUAUCUAUUGUUCUCUCUGCUUUGUUGGGAAGGGCCCGUAAGCAUUUCACUCUUAGUCUACACCUAUUGUUUACAAAGCAUGUGACAAAUAAAAUGUUAUUUGACACACACACUCUCAAACCCCAGAGAAAGUGAUGGAUGAUAGAGGAAGGAAGCUUUGCAGAAACCCUCCCAGGCACACACACACACACACACACACACACACACACACACACACACAGAGAGAGACUUGAUGAGCAUUGUGGUAAAUAAAGAUCGUUUAUGAAGGUAAUAAACUGGAUGACAGUAGUUAUAUGACACUGAAGGACUGGCUUGUACACACACUGAGCCCAAAGCCCUUCCCUGGCCAGUCUACUAAAACGGGUAUUUACGUGACCUGGCAACUUCCACUUUGCUGUCAAUCUAUCCAUAGAGACAGUUGCAUACAGACAGUUGCAUUCGUCACACUAGUCUUGCAGACAUGUACACAUUCUCUCUCCUUUUAUUCACCCUGGUCAUCACUAGUUCUAUGGUUCUCUCUCUCUCUCCCCCUCUCUCCCUGCCUUCAGUGAUUCAUAGAUGCUAGCAUCAGCACCCCAUGCGCUGCUCCUCACUCAUCAUAUCCCCAGAGCACCUAUUCAUCAACUCUCUCUCUCUCUCUCUCUCUCUCUCUCUCUCUCUCUCUCUCUCUCUCUCUCUCUAUCUCUCUCUCUCUCUCUCUCUUUUCUUUCCCUCUCUUUCUCCCUCCAUCAGUCACCUAGCCCCUCUUUGAAGGUGAUUGAAGCGCCAAUCAGUCCUUAUUAGAGGUGUUACACUGUGUUUUGUUGCCCUGUGUGUGUGCGUGCAUGCGUGUGUGUGUGUGUGUGUGUGUGUGUGCAUGCGUCCGGCGUGUGUGCGUGCCUGUGUGUGUGACGUUGAUGGUAAUCGUGAUGGUGAACAGUAGGACGUUUUUCUCUUUUACUAGGUCGGGGUCAGCACUUCCCUGCCCAGGAUAAUGACGUGCUGUUAGAUUCAUCCUGAUGGGAUUCUGAUUACCACUAACACCGACCCAGUUCAGUGUUUAGUAAACAUAGCGAUGGUUACUAGCUACUCAUAUCCUACCUGAUCGAGCGAGAUUGAUGAUCUAGACCUGUGGUCAGAGAAAGGGAGGAAGAGAGCGAGGAGAGCGAAGCGAGAGAGAGAGAGGAGAGAGGGAGAGGAGAAGAGAGAGAGAGGGGAGGAGAGAGGAAGAGAGAGAGGGAGAGAGAGAGAGAGAGAGAGAGAGAGAGAGAGGGAGAGAGGAGAGAGAGAGAGAGAGAGCGGAGGAGGAGAGGAGAGGAGAGAGAGGAGAGAGGAGAGAGGAGGGAGGAGAGAGAGAGGGAGAGGAGAGAGGAGAGGAGAGAGAGAGGAGUGAGAGCGAGAGAGCGAGAGAGGAGAGAGAGAGAGCGAGAGAGCGAGAGAGAGAGAGAGAUAUAU